AUGUCCCAAGCCGUUCAAACCUCGAUCAUACCUUCACGCGAAGAUGUUGAUCCCGAUAUCUUCAGCACCAUGACUUCCCUUCAAUGUUUUCGAGAUGAGGAGAAGUUGUACGAGGCUUUGCUCUCUCCUGUGUGAGUGUAUCUCAUCAAAACAUUCUCUUGUGUCUAACAACUAAACACCACUAAUUCUUAAUCUAGCAUUAUAUAAAGCUGAAAGCGUUGGGCACAUUCAUUCGUUUGAAAGACGAAUUAUAAUGAGGAUGUUGCUAGUCAGUCAUCCAGCAAGGAUAUUAUGCAGACAGGGCGUUUAAGGUGUUAUGAAGGAGCAAAGAACUGUUUCAUUAAAGAAAAUGUCUUAAUAAACGAGGAAUGACUUUUAAAACACCUAUUCCAAAGAGCGGUUGUAAGACAAGCGAUUCUCCUGUUUAAUUAAGUCAAAAGCUUUUCUAGAUCAAAGAAGCUUAGUAAAAAAGCUGCCCAUAACAUAAACAGACAACUUCAAAACUGCUUCUACAUCACGGUAAUAUGGGUUUAAUGGAAAAAUAUCCCUGGAAGAGGCGAGUAAAUUUUUGCGUAAAGAUGAAUUAAUCUGGGAUGCGCUUCCAAUCAACUGUCGGAAAAACGAAAAAGGCCGAAUGAUUCCUUCAUUUAAAAUAUUGCCACAACGGAUAGCCUGGAGCAAUAUAACAACAAUGGUCCCCGACUCCUAAGACAGGCUUGCUUACUCCGAAAUGAUAGUUCUGUCAAAGUUUUAGGUUUGCUAUAAUAAUAUAAGCUUGAAAUAGUAGACAUUUAGUGCGUAAUUUGCCUGUUUGCAGCGUGGUUUGUCAAACAGGCGUUUUUAACGACUAAUUCAAGUGUAAAAAACAUUUGUACUAUCAGCGUUUUUCAUAAUUAUCACGCGUGUGCUCUUCUCUUCUCAGCAAUAAAUUAUAAACUAAAAUCAUGUGGUUUUCGAAAUUACAUCUCUUCAGAAUUUGUCGCUGGUUCAAAUGCUAAGAAGUACAUUUUUUCGAGUCCUAUAAAAUUUGCCAUAAACGAAAGUCAGUUUUCGUUUAUUCCUAGUAUUAAAGGCUUACUUUCUAUGUCUUUCAAUUAAAGCCACAAUACGGAAAAGGUAAUUUACUUCCUCCUUCUGGACCGCAAAAUCCGCAGUCCUUGCUACGAUGAUCCGGAUGAAAUACGUUCCCGCGGCUGCACAAGUAAGGUUUAUUUGAAUCUACACUAACGAUUUUUCUAAUGAUAACGUAUUAAUAUAAUCACUUUUCCGUACAGGCAGGUCCCACGCCAUAUAUUCCCCCUUCUGCGGAAAAUCGAUUAAAAGUGGAUGUAUAAAUUUAGUUCGAUCAUUUCACUUUCUCCUUCGUUUAUUUCGUCUGACGACUGGUUGGUGUCACCAGCUCGAAAAUUCACGGGUACAACUCAAUUCUUCCCGACGAGCCUUCUAUCUUCUUCAUAAAUUUAUAGGCUGUUACAUUGCGAGUGACAGAGCAGGGUUGACCAGUUGCGAAGAUUUUUAGUAUUUGCACCGGGCAUGACUGGCCUUUGUGGACGUCUAAAUAGAACAUGAAAACUGGAGUCGCCUGCAAUACGGGUGGCUUUGAGCCAAUGUCCGGUGAAAUUGGGGUCGGGUAUAAAGUAAGGGGUAGGGUUACGUUAAGGAAUAGGUUCAAGGUUAGGCUUAAAGUUAACGUAAGCCCGGACUAAGUUUAGGGUUGACGUAAGACUAGUGUUAACUGCGGAGCUAAGGUUUAGAGCGGGGCUAGGGUCAAGAUAAAGACCAUAGUUUAAUUUUAUUAAGGCUCUUGUUGGGGUUGGGAGAGGAUAAUAUUUUGCUCUCCUCGGAAUUAUGCGCAGGCCUAAAUUUAUUACUGGAGCAAGGCGUUCCUAUUUCCAUGUCUCGUUUAGACGCCCACACAAGUCAAUCUCACCAUGCACUGAAGCAUAAUAUUGAGGCGAGUUAACGCGUCUUUGGGCUUGUUAUCGAUAGCUGAUUGUUGAUAUCGAGUACUUUUAAUUAACUGUAAUAAAAUGUUGAUUUCACAAGAUUAAUAUUCCACCUUUGUUGCCUUUUAGUGGGAGUGUAUCCAGUAAAAGGUAAGGCAAACAGGGAAUUUCUCUGUUAUCAUUUUUUAACCGAUGAUGUGUCACCAUGCAUUUUCUUAAAGCCAUUUAAUGAUUUUCAGGCGGACGUCGUCUGUGCAAUGAUAAUAAUGUAACACUUUUUGUAGACCCGCCUCGAAAAAGAAUAGACAGUCGACGACUGGCUCUCAAUGGAACAGCGCGCCUUUCACUGGGUGAUCUCAGCGAGGGCUCCCCACUCACAGGCCGACGAGGACUCGCAGUACAGAAGUUGUAUGUUUUAACAGAUAUCCUUUCAUUUAUAAUUAUUAGUUUUUGUCAAAUAAAUGCACAUCUAAUGAUUAACUUUUAUGGUAUUGCUAGUUUGUAAGCAGAAUGCUGGAUUUUGAAUGUUCUUGUGGCCUUAAGGUGGUUAUACGACGAUGAAAUCAUUCUAGACGAACUGUGUAAAAUACUGGCCUGCAUUUGUUUAUAAGACCAGAUAGCGAUAAGUUGUGUGCACAAGAAUGUUAGCCUUAAGAUUCCUAGAGUAUGCGUAAAAACAUUCAAAAUCCCUGAAAUUAGUGGAAGCAUAAGGAGUGGGAGUGACAUUUUUGGCCAGGUAAGUACUGUGUUUGACACGUUCAGAUAUUAUGAUAUGUUGCAGAGACUAGGCCAAUGAGAAUACAAUUUUAGUUUCAAUAACAAGUAAUUACCGCAUUUUUCUUUGCUUAAAAGCGUGCGCCUUUUACUUAGAACGCCAAAACUUUACUUUGUGUUGACUGCAAAGCCGAUUAGAAUGUUUAAAGGACAGAAGUACUUCAUAUACAACGAUUACAACAUACUAAUUUUUGACGAGAUAUGCGUAUCUGUGUUAGCUAAAUUUGAUCGGCAAAGGUAUUUGAGAAAAACAAAUAUUUUAUUGCACAUUUUCGAAUUCGAUGCCACAGCUCUUCAGCAGACGAAUGGGUAAGGCAGAAAAAACGUGGCCUGCGUCAAUGUGCGUAUGAACGCCAGGGAUUCCUUAUCUAAAUGAUUAUUCAAAAGAUCUAGGUCUGAUAUAUUUUGUCCUAUAGUUGUUAUUGCAAAAGUUACCCACGUGGUGCAGAUGACUUACUAAUUUACCGGGCACAAAAACUUUAAUCCUAACGUUGUUUAAAAGUAGUCGAAGGACUUUUAUGCAAUAAGCUGAAUACGUCGUUUAGACGUAUACUGCUCGUAAAUGCACAUUUUGUAACGACGUAUGCUAGGGAAGUCCGCCCAUGAAAGACAAGCAGCACUAUUUGCAGUUCCAAAAAUCUAACUUCAUUUUAAAUUUCGGGAUCACGAGUUGCAAAAUGUGUCCUAAGAUUUCCACACUGACUCCUUUAGCAAACAAUUCCACAGCAAAGCUACGUAAAUGCUGCAAAAGCUGUCCUUAUUACUGCCUUCAAAUUGUCACUCGGCGUAGGAAAAUGGGCAAAACAAUUAAGACAAUGCCAACAUGGGAAAAAAAGUUAGAUCGCUGAAGUUCCUACAAUUUCUCUCUAAUAUUUUAGGCCAACUUUAGCGACAAUCUGAUCUGACUUUCACUCAAAGUCACGUGGCUGUAGCGUGCGUGAUCUGCUAAGACAUAUGUGCACAUGACACGCAGUGACAGCCGAAACGGUUCAUCUAAUUGCUAAGAAAGUUUCUAAUUGAAAGGCACUAACAGGAAAAGCGGAAUUUAUUGGUGUGGAAUAGGGAUUUAUAGCAUAUGAGGUGGCAGGUUUACAACUCCAGCUAGGAAGGAUGGAUUAUCGACUAGUCUGCACCGUUGCUGAUUGUUGACACGCAGGCUCCGGCAUGCGAAGUCGAAACCCAGGGUCUGUGCUUUAGAACAGUUACCCUGACUGUGACGAUAUUUUUUACCUGAAGGUAGUCUAUUAGUUUGAACUUUCGAACUCGAUGUCAUAUCCAUCGUUGGUACUAUCGGUAGCAGCACACUGAAUGGUAGUCAUGAUAAUUUAACUGUUAAAAUUUCAGUAUUGUAAACACAAAGCUGGAUGCCUGGAGCCACGUGAUUCUGCGAGAUGUGUGCGAUUGGUCGAAUACUUGUUAGAGGCUCAAGCGACCGACGACUGAGGCAUACAUUUCUGCCGCAAAGUUGGGAUUGUCGUCCGCUUGAGUCCUCUAGUGAAUGAAAAUGUGACUGUUGGUUUACAAGGACUUUGAGUAGCCUGUACGCACAACUUGCUCACAGAGUCUUAAUUCACCGAUUAAUCUCCCACUUUACUUCCCAGUUAGACGCAGUAAACUGGGUUCUAGACAGCGGCACAACUAUGUGCUAUACGCCCCCCAUUCUUAGUAUACAACCUGAACCUGGCUUGCCUCCACUCACACUAUUUAAGUUUUCCAACGGGUUUCAAAGUCUAGGCCUGCUAUCAGCGUAUUUAGAGAAGAAUUUUAAUCCGGUCUACGUCAGACCGGCUCCUAUCCUUAAUAUUGAUAUAUUUCACACCAGAAGAAUGGUCCAUGCUCUUCCUGGUUCAACGAACAAAAUUUUGAAAUACGCAGUAGAUGAAGUCAUCUUUAAGUUUAUCAAAAAUCUCUAACCAGUUGGUAACCGUUUCAAGUACACCAACCAAAACUUUCGACUAAUGAAUGACUUGAAAUCAAAUAAAAACGCAUGAAGUCAAAUAAAGUGCUAAUAAAAUAUUCAGAAGUAACAAUUUCUCAGGGAAGGCAAAAAUGCUUAGGGCUCUUAUAUUCAUGCCAAAAGAGUAAACUAAAUGUUCUAGGGAAUAUCAAGCCUGCCUAUACAAAUGACUGAGUAAAUAAAAAACGUAGACAUGAGAACUUUUUAAAGCUUAUUUUAAAUUAUUUUUGGGAUAAAUUUCUUGCAGUUUAGAAUGUUUAAUUUGUUCCAAAAUGCUGUCCGGAUACUUUGAUGUAAUGCUUCCUUUAUAUAUUGCUCGAAAUGUUGUUUGCUAUGGCAAAAAGCUUCUGGCAAAUCUGACCGGUUGUAAUAAUUGCACGUUGCAAAAUCUGCAGAUUUACACCAGGCCCGUCAUCAACAAGGUAAAAAGUUUAAAUAUAGGGUAAAUUUCAGUCGCAUCCAAAAUGCUUAAUGUUUCCUUCAGCAAAAUAUAUUAAAAGCAUACGACGUGUGACAAAACGGCUUUUCAGCAGCCUGUUAGACUAGUAAGUGAAAUGCAGAAUAUUAUAGUUGUUCCAAUCUAGUGACGUAGUUUUCGGUCAGUAGGUAUGUCUCUGAUGAGAGCCAUCUUUUAAAGUAUUUUUGUGAGAAACGAAAAGCCAUCGUACAAAUAUGGUGGUAAUUUACCCCAAGUCCGUCUGUUUUUCCUAAUACACAGUUUGGUCUGAUAUCUCACGGUAAAAAUAACUGACUAGCCUACAACCAUCCUGGCCUAUUUUUUUCGCCAAGACCAUAAAUGAGCUUCGUACUCAUGUCAUAUUUAUGAGUGCUCUUUCUUAAGCUGGUAAUCCGAAAGAGCAUCCACCACAGGUAUUUUGCUUAAGGUGACCAAAUCUUUUAGUUUGCUGCUCAGUUGAGAAAGGGCUGUGAGUCAGCCUUAAAAAACAAUUUGUCACGACUUGAGGCAAUUUGAAAAGACAGAUAGGCGAUCACUGUUUUCAGUGGUGAUAUCGGCCACUCAAUUCAACAGACAGCCGAAUGAAACGUGCAAAAAUUGGCGACCUACGCACUAGGCAAGCUACACUGCAUAAUUAUAAGCAAGCACACGAUUCUUCGGCACCUACAAAUGGGAAGCCCAGAUCGUUUUUUGAAACGUCAGGUCCAACUUUAACCUCUCCCUUCCCCUUCUUCUUUGACAUGGCACUUGGGAAUGGCAUCUACAUCACUAUUCAUUAUGGUGGAGAGAGAGGUUCGUAGGACAUAUUUAUAGGCGCGCGGUCGAUACUCGGAGCCUUCAUAUUAUAACAUAAGGGAAUGCAUUGCUUUUUGAAUUACUUCAACUUUAUCGCUACAUGUACAGGGACAAAGAUUUAAAUUAAAUGAUUUGAUCUGGUAUCUUUAGGACCUGAAGGCAUUUGAAAAUGCCAAAAAGGGCUUCCAUAUGAUUUGAUCACUAGCUUUUUAACGCUUCAGUCGACAGACGUCACUCUAUCUCAAAAUGUGGUUAUAAAUGUUGCUGUUUUGAGUGAGUCUGCUAGUUUUCUUAAAUUGAAGUCUUUUUUCCAGCAAAACACUACGUUCAUUGAGCAUUAAAGCGCGUGCUUGUGCCCUAAGUACACUUCUGCCCAAACCAAUAAACGUCAGGUCAAUACAUGGCAAGUCACCGACAAUCAGCAAUAUUGCAUUGUCAGGCAACUUAAAAAUACGAAUCUCUCAAGAUUUCGUUCACAUAUCAUACUAAGUUAAUUCUGACAACGCGGUCUGUUGGUCGGACAAAACGGAACCCCGUGCUUUUCCCUGGAGGACGGAGAAUCAAGGACACUUAAUGUAGCCUUGUUCUGCAUAUCUGUCUGGCGCAGAAUGCGCAAAAGGCGUUUCACUCAGGGCCAGCCAACUUUACGAAGUCUGCACUUAUGAUAACGAACUGUCAUUAGCUGGGGGACGGUCUGUAGCAUAGUUCAGCCAGCAACCAGAAAGCUUAUUGCGGAUAAAUUCGUGUAGAUGUAAUCACGGCUGUAAUAGAUCAGCCAUCAGAAUCAACGAACACUUAGCAAUGGAUAUGUGUUGUAGGAGUUUCUCGGCGUGUUCUUUAUCGCUUAAUGAGUUUACGGAUAUAAUAGGGGAAACAACUAGUGACUGCAGCUUAAUAACUUCAGUCUAGAGGGUUACAGUUAAAGAUGUAGAAGAAUUUAAACAGAGGCUAAAUAGGUUUGUUUUAAAAUCGAAUUAUGCGGUGCUCAAUAUUCUCAUAUACCCUGUGGACAAUUCAAUAGCUUAGUCUAGAGUCAAUAAGUAAGAGAUAAACAACAAGGGUGUGCUUACGUUCUCAGGCCAACGCGAUGUUGAUUUGAAUGUUAUCCUAAAAUUGGACUGAAGCAUGAUAUAAAUAAACUCCUGGCAUAGAUUUAUGCUGGGAUAGGUGUUAAAGCGCAAUUGCAGACUGUGCGCCCGAGGUGGAGGCGUACAUGGUUUCAGUUACAGAAGACGAUUGCCAGAUAGAGUAGAUGACCUCGAUCAUGAAAUGUAUCGAAAUUUACAAAUAGCUGCCUACAUGAAUUAAUGGAUCCAGUAUAUAUAUUAAAUAAAUGCAACUUUAAAAGAAUUGAAAACGUAAACAAAAUACUAAAGGCCGUAUUGUGUGCCGUCAAAAUGCCGUUUUGUUUUAGAAAAAUGUAUAAUCUCGAAAACUUCAGAAAUGGCCGCAAUUAAUAAACUCCAUUUUUAUGUAACAAAUGUCUUCUCGUGAACAAAACGAAGUAAAUUUGAAAGUUAAAAUUAACUAACGUUUAAAAAUAGUGUCUUCAAGACGUUUGUAUUUAAAUAUUCUUUAAGAAUUUGUGUAAUUUUAUAUUUGGCGGCUUGUCAACAGUAAACAUUCCGAGUAUAGAUUCCAAAAGAGUUUUCCGGGGAUUCGUUGUAUUCUUAACUCGCUUGAGUAGAAUGAGAUGCGUUUGAACAGAAUAAACGGGUGUUUGCUUGAUUUCAUCAAAGGGGACUUCGUAGGAGCAAACGUUCUCAUAAGGUCACACUCUUCUACGCCGAACGGUAACUAAAAGAUUUAAACAGAAUUUACUGGCAUGAUCGUGCUUAUGGGGAGACCUUCGCCUCCAUUAAAUUUACUUUGCGCCUUUCGUCGAAUGUCAGAAAGGCCAUGAAAUAUUGCUGAAUACUUCAUAAUUUUCAGUGUAUUCCUCGGGUCGCUUAUAAGGGCAGAUCCUGUAUCAUGUAUCUAUUAAAGACUUUAAAGUAAAAUGUUUUUUGAAGCCAUUUACCGAAUUGGCGAGUGUUUGAGCGCUGUUUUUCGGGAAGGACGUCGUUUAGGUCACAUUUGAGGACUAAUUCAAACAAGAGACCCCAUUGUCUAAUAAACGUUUCCGACAAAAGCUAGCAAUGAAGAUGUCUUAAGUCAAUUAGAAAACUUUCUCUUAUAGGUUAUCUUUCUAAGAAGUACUUUACUACCGUACUUCAUUGAGGAAUCUCUGUGUAUUUUGCAUUUUGCACGGUGAGGCCAAGAAACAUGAAACAGUUUUGACCGUUUCUCAUUCCAAAACAAUAUUAAUAUUGGUCAAUCGUAAACGUAAGAACAUGCGGCCGUUUCCACCCUGUUUUCUCGUUUUUAGACUCUGUUUACGAUUACGAAUGCACGGCAGAGUGCCCAUUUAAAUGCUGCUAUUUUACUGAAACUGUUAAUGUUUUGUUCUUCACAUUUUUGAGUAAGGUAGACGCAAAAGCUACACAACGCGACAAAUAAUGUUUCAUAUGUUCAAAAUUGGAAAUGAACAUUUACUGGUGGUCAUUUCUGUGACAUCACGGACAAUUUUCCAAACAGCAAAGCAAUUUCGGUCCAUUUAAAGGAACGAUUCCCUGUGUGCGUUAUUACUGCACUUCAGGAUACCACAUUACCCAUAAAUGUUAAUUUGGCUUCUAAAAGUUGAUAGAAUAUCUAAUUUUCUUAAAAUAACCAUUCUGCAAGCAGUGCGAUUACCACGAUCAGCAUCGGACAAGGAAUAUAUUUCAAGUUCGGCAAUCUAUUUCUGUUAACAUUCUCACUAGUAAAUUAAAUUUGUUUCACUGAAAAGCCCGCUCAGAUGCCCAACCGCAGACUAGGACAGGUAUUGACAUAGGGCAUUGCCCGAAUAUAUCGCAAUGUUCAUUUUCGCUAAAGUGUAGGAACAUUUUGCUUGAUUUAAUUACGUGAGCACAAUUUCUGCAAACAAAAAGAACAUUUCACUGAGGUGGCUGGAUGAGCAAGCAAAAUACGCAACUUUUAUGUUGUCCAGAAAUUAUCACAUCAGUUUCCGUUAGCAGGUUUUAUGAGCUAGUUCGCGUACUGUAUGUACGUCAGCUGUCAGUAAGAGAUGAGAACGACAGUUCGAACGUCGUAAAGUGCGCCAGAUCAGGGUGGACGCGGGUGCGGUAACUUCCGCACGAAUUAGUUUAUAGUUGACUUGGGCAACACCUGCUGCUCUCCCACGCUCAACUUACCCACCGCAGUGAGGUGACAAGACAGCGUCAAGUGGACCGGAGACAGACUCGAGUGCAGUGGCUAACAAAGCUAAACCGCUCGGUCCGUCUACUGCCGCCACAUACGACCUGGUCCCCGCAAAACGUACCAGAUUUUUAAAAAGUGCGCCUCGGACCCCCCCCCACAGAGUGGGAGUGCCACAGAGGCCACAUUCAAAAUGAGCUAUUGAACUCAACUUUCCGUUCUGAGAGAAUCGACUUACUGAGUCAGUUGACACCAGGUCACCAUUUGAUCCUGUGAUUGAUCAGUAGUACCUAGCGUGACGCGAGACUGCGCUCCGCCAUGCCAUCAUUCCCUUCCCUGGUGUGACAUUUGUUACGGGAUGCGCGGACUCUGCGAAGUCCGGUUAACGGCCGUCCUUUCCUAAUGUGGGCUCCUAUGUUGGUUCAGUGCCACAUAUACGACAUUUGAUCCUCGGUCUUAACGACUCCUACCGUGUAUUCCAUAGUCGGAUAGGUGCGUGGAAGGUGACUUGAACGUGAAUUAGUUUAUAGUAGUAGUGGACCUGUGCAGCAUCUACCGCACUCUCUCGACCUCCCCCAUCUGGUCCAGGAGUCAAGACAGAUUCAGGAAAAUCGGAAGCAGGAGUGGCCGCAGAUGGCUGGCACGGCGACAAACCGUACCUAGUAGUACCAGCACACCUCCUGCUUACCAAGAAUCACUGACCAGGGUUUUAUACAACAACAAAAAGGGAGGGGGGUCGGAUCCCAGUCGGCGCCGCGUGAACCCCCAAAUGGGUUUCCGUUCUAAGUAACGCCUACCAGACAACGACUCAGCUCCUGCGUUGGUCCAGCGCACCUACCACGUGACCCGUUUUAAAGGCAAAACACACACGCAAACAGUUUUCUUUUGUUUGCCUUUUGUGACUGCGUACUAAUCGAUAAAUACUAAGUUAUCUUAUCGGUCAUUUUAAGGUUGAGGCAUAAAAAGUAGCAGAACACUUUCUCCAAACUGUCAUUUUCGACAAAAAAAAUCGCUGGUUACGACUAUCAAACUCAUUUUGCAUGCAAAAAUUUAGGAUCUGAUCAACACUUAGGCCGGUUUCACAUACGAGAAAGAAAUCAGCAAGAUGCUAACGUACAUGUAACAUCCGUGUUUUGCAAACAUUUUAGGCUUAAUUUUCAACGAUUUACUCGUUAUCUAGUAAGGGUCGUUGAUGCCAAGUCAAAUUCCAAAAAUGCAACAUUGUGAGGAACAUUUCUAGAAUUUUAAAAUUUGGUUGGGAAGACAAAACAUCUCUCAAUCACCUUACAUCACAGCACUUACAAGAUUAGUCUGUGAUGGUGCGAACUUCACCAAAUAAACGUCUUCCUCUGGCGUCAUCAAAUAAAAGCAUAUAUAACAGCUUGCCAAGGAUCAUGUUACUUUUUCACCACGAAUGGGAGGAUUAUCGUAAAACAAUAAGAUGUCCAUUUGGCGUCGGUGAAUGCGAACGCAGCUGGUAAGAUCCUUCACGAUGCCGAUGGGCACCUUACUGUGGAUGUGACCGUUUCCAAUAUCAAAUUUGUCAUCUUCUCCGAAUUUUAUGGCCAUCUAAUUUCCUAGUUAUCCGACCAACGGUGCCGCUUUCGUAGGUUUUUCUUUCAACGAGAUACCAUUACAGGAGCAAGCAACCUUACCAAAUAAAGGUCGACAAUCAAGAAUAGGCUCUCAAAUCAAUUAAAUGAUCGCUCUGUCGUGGAUGUUUACAGUUAACGGCUAAAUUACAUCAGUCUUUGACGGAUUAUGCCCAGAAUAACAACUGUCAAACGUACUCUGUGGGUCAUAUAAGACUGACUUCUAGCACCCAUUAAACAAACCUUUCGUUUUUCCGUCUAAGAACAAUUUUCUUCGACCCACGUAUUGUUAUGCACAGCGCUGUCAUUAAUAGUUCGCAGCAUAGGGGUCUUACUAAUCGUGAAAAUGAAUGCUAAUGAAUCGCGUGACGGUCCUAUCAUUACUAUUUUUGCUUUCACUCAAAGCCAACGUCAGAAAGAAGAUGUGUUAAUAAAGUAGGAAGGAGUGGAAACAUAUCGAAAAUACAUCUUGCAUCUAUUUACACCCUGUAAUCCUUAGUGUUGUAGAGCAAGCAUUUGAUAUUCAUUUUAUUACUGCAUCUUAUAACAUGAAAUGUUAGAAACUUUGAAAUUACAGUCACUGGUCAAUCUGGUGAAAUGGUAACCGUAGUUCGGAAAUGUAUUUUCAAGUAAAAAGAGUAACUUGAGAGGGGUUCUACUAUUAACUGUCUUGCAGCAUAAUGCCGUAAUAUUUCAGGCACGCAGGUAUAAUGGCAGCUAUGUCCACUUCUUUUGGCCGCCUGCAAUGGCCGCACUUCACAAAAUUGACUACUUAAUUACGUUCAAUUUACUUUAGGGAUUUUCAACCUCGUGAUAAAUUCACAUGUAUUUCAUUAAAAAACCAUCAAAUUAUUUGUCCUGGAAGCCAAUUUGUAACAGGUCACAUCUUUUUUCAAUUUUAUUCCCAAAAAGGGUACUUUUGGUUUGAAGAAUGUCCUCCAAUUCGGGAAUACUGUUAUGCUCUGUCUGCCGUUGUAUUUGUGUUUACGGUUUUUAGUCUUUUAGCUGUAUACUUUCCACGAAACGAAAGCCAUUCGUUUCUUUAUGCCGUUAGGUACAAAACAUUUCGAAUUUAUACAAUUUUUCAGCUAAUAUGGACUUUUCUCUAUACUUCAUAAGAAGCAUUCCCAAAUAGGCAGAUACGAUGCCAUUUGAAUGGACACUGCCUGGCCUUUAAUCUCUUUCAACGGAAAAUGUGUUUUCUGCGAGAAAAAAAAAUUGAAAAAAGUGUGAUUUGUUACCAAAUGACUGCGAGAAAGUAUAUUUUAGGCUUGUUUUCUACAAAAUAUAUGGCAAUUUAUCCGGACAUCGAAAUUCAACACAAAUGGUUACACUACUUAAUUUGUCCUUUUUUCAGUCCGCAAAGAAGCACAUUUAAAUUCCAACAUCCUGGCGUGUACGAAACAUUGUGGCAUCAGCGUUUUAACCCCACUAAAGUUAAUUUUUCCUAAUCGAAAGCACAAUUGAGAAUUUAAGUUAACAUUUCAUGACAUCGUUCACUGACUGUAAAAUUCUGCAGGCACAACCCGCCUCAUGUCUCUCGAAAAACCGAUAUUUUUUUAUCUUUACGCACGAUUUUCAUAACGACAAAAUUCGAUUUUCCGAUUACCGCAGGUGGCCGACGCAAACGUCUUGCCUAAAUUAAUAUGAUUUAUUAGGAGAAUAUGAGCAAGGAUGUGGUCAUGGCAUACGUAAAUCACCUUCAAAACCAAUUCACCGUCAUAACGGGCUUUUUACGUUCUAUACUUAUUUAAUAAAUAAACGAGGCAAAAAUGCCUACUAUUUGGUUGGAUGUAGAUCAAAAUAUUUCAUGAUUUUCCUAACCUGCUGAAAGUAUUCAAUUAAGUUUAUAAAAAUCAGAAAGCUAAUAGAGAAAAAUUUGAGUUAUUAAAUCAUAUGAAAAAGGUGUACAGGAAAAUAUAAAUAGGAAGUGCUAAAUUUCAAAACGGGCACUCGGCUAAAUGGCUACAUGUGGAAUAUGCUGAUGAUCUCCUUUUAUGUCGUCUGAAUUGUAACCUAAUAAGCGAUAAACUGAGGCAGACGCAAGACAUCAAGCAUUUCCCCAUGAUGUUUGUUGACGAUGGUGUAAACGUAGGGACUCAGUUUCGACAAAAGCAGACUUGCAACCUACUACACAAUGACCAGAGCAUUGCGAAGUUGUGAAGUGAAAUGCGUAGUUUUUAUUAUAACGAGGCCGAGGCGUUUUAACAUAAAGAAGCAGUAUACAGGGCUGCUUAUAUUUCAUGAGCGGUUUUUAAAUAUCAGUAACCAGUGUUUCUUAUAGAAGUAUUUUAAUGCUCGAGUGUCCCUUAAUUAUUUGGCUUUUGGUCAGCACAUAAAUAAUCAAAUGCCAAAAAUUAUUCUCAAAAUUACUUAUGCCAUAAGAAAUUGUCUUAUACGUUGCCCUUGUUUCUACUUAUACGUCAAGUGCACGAUCAAAAGUAGGUCAACAGGUUACAGGCUAAAUCGACCGUUUUACCAAUAAAUUAAGAUGCAUACGCUCGUGGGAGUAAAUACUAUAUGCUUUUUUCAAACUGUGCCAGUUAAAAAGCAAAUUCCUUUAAAUAUAUUUUCAGUUAUGGAGUGUUAAGUAAGGCCUUAUUUCUAAAUAACUCAACAUUGCUUUUUCCCGUUGCCAACGAACUUCUCAGGCAAUUUCUACAUCAGUAACACUGUGACUGAUGUGACGUCCACAUAUUUCGUUUCUGAAUGCAGCACCAGCGAUGAAUGUAACUCACGUAUUUGAGGAGCAUUGUAUUGGUUGGUGAAUGUCUAUCUCAUUAGCUAUGACUUCGAAAAAAGUCGAAAGUUAGCUGUACAAACAAAAGACGAGACCGUAGACCAUAGGCCGUGGUACAGAUCAAAGUAAUGGGAGGACAAAAGUUAUUUUCCGGCCAGGGUAUUGAAAAUGUCCACAUUGUUUGCGUAACCGACAAAAUCCGCAGCCUUGUCAGCUUACGAAAUACGGAUAUCGAGUGUGCUUGGUAAAAAGUGGAGAUAUUAGCCAAACUCAAGUCCAGUUUGAAGGCUUUUUACUAACUAAUAUCUCAGAGCUGACAAUAUCCUUAAAUGCGUAAAACUAUGAGACCAUCUUCCUGAUACUUUAGGAGGAAACAGUCUUGCAGCAGCAACGCCGACAGCCGCUCCAACACGCCUUCCGCCAGCCCACUCAGCUCCCCACUGGGAUUCCAGCGCGGCUAUUUUCGAGCCGGCAGUUACGAGGGUCCGGCUGCAAUUGGUUUUCAUGGUCGAGACUCCGAGACCUCCAAUCAGGUCAUCAGUUCGCCUACCAAGAAGCUGGUGGAGAGUAGGCUAUCCGGACGCAGAGGCAAUGUGCCAGGACCGCAAAGUCCACCACUGCUGCUCUCGCCGACACGCCACCAGUGCCGACUGCCUGUUCGACAGGUCAAGUCCCCGCCUGCAGUCAUUGGCCCCCGCGUUCUGGGUGAACUGAGUAGCACCGCCGUCGAACGCCGUAACAAGGCAAACCUCCAUCUGAGUCUUAAUAGCUCCCCUGUCUGUACCCCGGUCUCACCCACCAAUAGGCCUUUCCUGUCCGGGGAGAUCGAAAACAAAAAGACGGAGUCUAAGUGGCCAUCCAGAUCGGGUCCUGAAAGCUUAUCUCCAAUGUGUUCUCCGCGAGAGGAAGAGGAGGAGAGGAAGGCAUGUUUAUGUCUGUGGUCUCAUUACCGUUUUUUUGUGCAAAGUUCACAGAGGACAGUGUUAUGUCCUCAUGUCUGAUGUAAAGUUUAUUUUUGAGGUGGACGCAAGUACUAGGUGACGGCUCUCUAAUAAGCGCGCUGCGUGAGCUCAUGAGGUUAACUUGAAUUCCUUCAAAACUAAGUAUUAGACUGCUUUAAGUAAGUUGGCUUAGAUGUCAGCGUCGACAGUGAGUGAAGUGUAAGCGCCGACGACUCCAGUCCCGUGACUGUUUCUCUCCGCAACAAGCCGUUAAGUUUUUUUUUUUCAGUGAAAAACAUGCGGUUCCAAAACAAUAUGUCCAACAAUUUCUGUAUGUUACUUAACACAGGCAAUGAAGUAAAAUACGAGCAAAGGAUGAUGAACAUUCAGAAGCAAAUACUGAACAUAUUUCGAGCAUUCAAAAACGUGACGUGAAGUCGCUUGUUCUCAAAAGCAGCGCUUGUUUGCAGGUUUUUCUAAGUCUAGUAGUGACUGCUGGACUUUCUGUAGAUUCGGCUUUCACUGAUCUUUAUUCGAAAAGGCGCCAUGAUAUAAAGGACUUCUCGGAAGAUUAAAACUUGUUUUUCCUCUCUUGCCUUGUUUGCUAUCCUCAUAAGCAACUUGUUCUCACGUCGUCUGAAGUCAGGCACACAAUUUCAAAAAAACUAGAUGCACUUUAACAGAGCAAAAACGGUUGUCCCAGGCAGGUUUUGCAUUUCAUUUUAAUGCCUUGCCGAAAUCGCAUGCAUUACUUUGUGGCCAUGAUGAGAGAAACAUUUUAGAUAGGAAACUUGAAUGUUAAAAGAAUGGCAUACAUGAGUUGAGUAAAAAAAGGGAAACAACCGGCAAAUGGAAAAACCUGCCAUCAUUCGUUGUAAUGUUUCUAAUCGUGUGAACAUUUUAGUUAAUACGGAAGUUGAUUUUUCAAGCAUUUACACAAAUUAUCGAUUUUUACUGACACAUGGUUGAAGUUAAUUUAGAGUGUUAAUCCUCACCGUUGCGAUGACUACCAUCCAGCGCAGUGUGCAUUUUUCUAUUGAUUUUUGUUACCUGUGAUAGACGGUUUAGUCUUCCUGGGAGACGUUGCCGCAACUUCAUUUGUUAACUUCAAUCCGUCACUUCUGAAACCCUCGCGCAACGUAUAACCUAAAAUACUCAGCAGCUUCGAAGUCUAAAGGCAAAUUCCGUUAAACGUUUCCAUCGUUCAAAAAGGUUCCAAAAUGUAUUGUGAACGACUUAGCUGAACCCCAUCGUUUUUUGUGGUAAAAUGAAGUAGCAAUCGAUGAUGUUAGUAUUUGUAGAACAUAUGGAACAUUUUGCAGGGGAGAAGUAAAAGCUAAGCAACGUUUAGCCCUAACUGGCUUCCUGCCUGCAGACUUUUUAAACUGAAAUAUCUUCUUAUUUAAAUAUUUCAUUUUGUAUUGUUUUUUCUUCAGAAAACUAGAAAUUAUAAAUGGGCAAUCCGUGGAAAAGCAUUUGAAAGCCGGAAAAGUUUUUUGGCGACUGAGUUUGACAUGUAGCCGGGGUUCUUUGGUGCAUCACAGAACUUUUUGUGCACCAUAAUUUUUUUCAUUUUUGUUUGAUUUUACAGAUAGGCAUUUCUUUGGCGUACAAACAAACAAACCGUGUUAUAUAAUUUCGGGAAAAAAAGAUAUUUGUCCUACCUGUUGCAUUUCCACUUACUAUAGUCAUUAGUGGACACACACAAGUGAAACUGAGUCCAGCCAUAGGGACGUAAAUACCUUUUGUCCUGACCUUAUUUCCUGUAAAAAAUGACUCAUUUUGGAGUACUUGUGCAUUUAGAUUCGCGCCAGUUUUGCUUAGUUGCAGGAGGAGAUAAUUGCAGCAAUUGGUGCAAUAAACAGUUUUUGGUGUUUCUCUGGACUUUACUGGCAGCCAGUGUGAUAACCUGCAGCCCAUGUAUGUGAGUGUACUCUAAUGCCGACCUCCGCUUUUUAAAGCGUAGCAAGGGUUGCCAGUAAGCACCGGGCCUUUUAACAACCAGCUACAGCUUUAAUCGUGUUACUGGCCAGGUAGUUAGCACAGCAUUACGUUUUAUUGUCUGGCUGCGCUAAUGUCUGCUUGCAUGUGAGCAAUGAAAUGGAGGGUAGAAAAUCACCCAUAUGGCAUUAAGGCUAAACCGUAUGAGGCUCAUCAAAGUGUGCAACUGAUGUGCACUAUAUUGUAUGCUCCAGGAGAAGCAUUAAAAAAAGAUUAGAGUGGGAAUUACGCGGCUUUAGAUGAUGCGUGAUUGGAAAUUUUUUAAACCUAAAGACAUUUUUUCUUCUAGUAUAAAAUUCAGAUAAUACAUUGUAUGCCAUCACAUGAGCAUACGAAAUUUUUUUAUGCCUGAUGUCCAUAAGAUAGGUCAGAAUUUAAAUGGGCAUCAAACGUAAAGGGGAAAAUGUAUGCCACAUGAGUUGUCAUAUUUUACGAAGAACAAUUUCAGCAGGCGGUCGAAAUGAAGUACGUACAAAAGUAAAUAUCUCAGCGUACUCGAAAUAUUGUGGAAUUUUGUUUCAGGAUAAUCAAUAUUACAGCCCAACCUAAACAAUCCUUUCUAAUUGAAAGCGCAUUUCAUUACUUUGGUUAGCAUUUCAUGUGGUCGGUCGCUGACUGUACCAACCCCGAUUUAUACUAGCGUUCCCUACUCUCCCACCAUCAGGGUAUUUCUAAAGGGACACAGCCAAGAGCAGUUUACUUAUGGCCUGUAAUUUGCAUCGUUUAGUUUAUUUAAAUACGUACGCUGGUCCAGGUAUGACUGACAGUGAAUAUCUUAUUCUUCCUGGUGAUCAGUGUUAGGCCUUCCAUUUCUACACAUGACGCACUGUCCUGGCCCAUCAUCCCAAGAUAGUGGGCAUUUUUACACUAGCAGUAGUGGCUCCGUGGUUGUUAGGACUCACGUUCAUAUUUACUAAACUAGUCAAAAACAUAGUUAAGACGAUCUUUUAGGAGUUUUCAUUUUGAGCGUUGGAUAGAAAAGAGCAAUUUGUCUGUCUGAGAGGACGCAUGCCUGCAGUUGAAACGACGGAACGGCUGUCGAUUUUGUGUUCUGCCCUUGGAAUAAAAGCAAAUGAAUGCCAGAGGCUUCUGUAUACAAACCUUUGAGGUUUACUUGAGAUGGACUUUUGCGUUCUUAAUUUUUUAAGGGGCAAACGCCAGAGGCAAUUAACAGUGAUAAGGAAGUUAAUUUUAAUUAAGUUAAUUAUGCCGUCGACCCCAUUAACGAUUACGUUUUGAUGACCAAGUCUACUUUCGUUUCUAGACCUGAAUACAAAAGCGCCAAUCCUCAAAAAAUAGACAGCCAUGCAGGAGAGCAUCGUAAUUUACUGAAGGAUUUAAAUGUACUAGACGUUUUAUGUCGCAAAAAAUGACGGCAAAAUGAACAUUCGUCUUAGUCAAUGUAAUUAACAUACAGCUCUGCGAGUAGCCCUUGACACAACUUUAGGUUGGGCCCAAAGUCAUUAUUAGAUUACCGCUCCGGUUAGAAGCGAGUCGAUCAACUACGAAGAAAACCGUUCUGAAUAAGACUAAAAACGCAAUUACUGCAGAAUGAUUCUCACAAAAGUGGAUCAGAGGUGAUGAAUUUGUAGGAGGCUGGUAAGAAGUUGUCAUGCUUUUCCCUUACGCCUUCAUCCCUCGUAAAACCUCAAAAAAUCUCUCUUUUUGUUAACUGCUCAAGCCCUAUGGCGGGAGGGAAGGAGUUCCUUUCGAUAGCUGGGUAAGUGUUCAGUACGAUCUAUGUUCGCAAUAGUCAUCUACUGCAUACUGCGUCAACCGAACAGAAGGCAAAAUUCGUUCCUCGGAUACAAUAUCACCGACUCUCUAAAAAUAGAACCGUAGGGGAAAGUGCACUUGCGUCUCCUGCAAUAUGCCUGUUUUUUUGCUCCUCUUCUUUGCCGUCGAAAGUUACCUUUACAAGUCAUUACAGGACAAAAGAACAGCUGCCGCUGUUUAGUGGGUUUUUGAGGGGCUGAGCUUAAGAUGUGUAUUUAUAUUUUGCCUUCAAAUAUCAAUGUUGUAGAAAAGACCAAUCACUGUCAUGUACAAAACGUUUUUUUCUGCAUGAUGUUGGGAAAUGCUUGAAUAACAGUGGAGGGUGAAAUACUGGGACAGCUGUGAACCACUGAAUUCGAAACAGUUUUGGUUUGCCCGUGUUUAAACUUUAGUUCAGUUCUCGUCCGUUUUCUUUGUUCCUAAUAAGCCAGUAAAUAAACCAAAUGAUUACUUUCCUUCGAAUUUACGUUUUCAGUUGACUCCCUUCAACAGGUGAAAUAAACAUCUCCUGUUAUCUAACUCCUGUUCAAUGAUAGUUCCAACAUAUACGAGGCUGAUUCACCCAUCACAUCUAUUUUAGUCGAACGGAUCUGUCAAAAGGGACAACAGUAGACAAGUGGAACCUCAAUGCCCGGAAGUUGCCACCACUACCACCACCACCAGCAGCAGUGAGACGACGACACCAACUACCGCCACUACCACCACGACCAGCACCACAGGCACUGGUACCGUUGACAACCUGCCCACUGCGACGUCUCCUCUCUCGCCCCAACACUGGCGGGCCCGUCUUAACAACUUUAAGGUGAACUUCCUCGGAUCGCCCCGAUUUCACCGCAAGAAGGCUACAGUCAUUUGUACUGUCAGCGGGACACCGCCAGACAGCCCAGUGCAUUACAGCUCUCGCAUGACGCCUCAUGGAACCUCUCGGAGGAGUUUGAACGCCACGCCCGAGGUCUCACCCCUGUAAGUCAGAAUGCCUGGCCGGGCUUACUCUACUGCUCGCUUAAUGGUGGUUGUCAUAGCGGACUGCGCUCCAGAUGCGCUGAGCCAAGACGGAGACCGGCUCACGGCACGAGUAUACCGGGCUGUGCCGCAUCUGCGUGUGCGUGUGCAUGGUACGCCUUAGACUGUUGCCUUUACGACACGCCAGCCGCUAUGCUAAUUCUACCACCAGCUGAUUGACAGGCUAGAGGAGCUGGCCGAUGCAUGGGACAGUACAAGUGGGUGAAUUAAUCCUAAUGACAAAUUAACUCAUUUCUCAUUGCAAUAAAUCCGGUGAACAUUAACGAUCACGACGUACGAAGAGGUGUGUGACUCGGAAGACUGCCAACUAACUGAGUCGCUCGCUUCUCACACGUCUGACGGUCAGGCUGUAAUGCCUCAUUCCUUAGGUGGCCUUCAUGUAACCCUCACGCCUGUCCGAUCCAGGCUGUCGGUGGAUAGCCCGGCACAGGUGAUGUGCGGCGUGCCAUGUGCGACUGCUAGGUUUUUCAAACACUCGUUCCGCGUGCAAAUUUAGGCCUUAUAUUGGCACCGGAGUAACUUGGGUAAUAGAAAAGUGAGCACGUUUGAUGCUGCGUAAGUCUGCCACAUCAGAAACGACUUCUCCUGUAAGUCAUAGCUGCCGCACCCACAUCCGAGGGACAAGUGUUGGAUGCCCUUGGUACGACUGCCAAACUGUCAUGUUUAUGCUAUAGCAGAUUUGUAUUAGUACCAAAAACCACUUUCAUAGAGAUUGGUACGUUAGGUAAAACACGAAAGAACAGCGCUUGUGUAAUGGUUUGAUUAAAUCAUAAGCCCAAGCUUAGGUACGCAGCAAAAAAUAUUUUAGUUUUUCCUUUUUAUGUGUGAUUUUCUCGUUUCUUAACGCGAGUUCAUGACUUUGCUCGUUUCGGUCUUGUACAAAAGUUUAUCUGCCUGCCUUCUGUUUAAAAAGCCCAAGAUGGUCAAUAUAGGUAAAACAGUCGGGUUUAAGGAGGUCUCUAAGAAAAAAAGAAGAAGGAAAAAUCUUGACCACAAGACAAAAAGUUUGUGCUAAGUUUUAACGUCCCGCUCGAACCCACCAUCAGAGAGAGUAACAAAGUGUGGCGGCAUAAAAGGGCCGUUUUCAGUAAAACAGCAAAUGCGAUGCAUCCCAAUCAACCACAAGCGCGAUUGUGUAAUCACCCUUUAUCCGCAUGCUCAGACACAAUGUAGAUAUACGGAAGACAAGGUUACCAAUCUACAAUACAUUCGGCUGGUGUUGGAAACGUUCGGCUGCCCCGUCUCCUCCGAACCUGCGUCAGUCAAACUUUAAUACUAGUCAACAAACCGCAAAAAAUCUAAUGUGUGGAUAGGAGUACUCUUGUACGUUAAGAAUGUCUCGAAACGUUUCAGCCACACACAUGCCGGAGUUGAGUUUUUUGACGUUAAAUGAUGAGCCUGAAGCACCCAAUUCUUCCGCGAGAACCAUAAACAAUCUUUAACCUAAUUGGAUGAAAUUGCAGGCAAGAAAGUUCUCGGAGAAGCGGACUGAUUGCUCCUGAUCACCGAGUACACAGCAGCAUCUACGGAGAAUGAAGUUAAUUUGCAGAUCGCAGCUGGCUCUCUUGGACCCGGUUAGACCUUUGAGCUUGACGAGAUCAAAAUCCCCUAGAAAGAUGAUAACCGCUGAGAGUCGCGAGCUGCUUGAAUUAUGCUUCUCCGGUUCGCAGGCACUCAACAUGCGCAGUUAUCCUGUCCCUCCUGUUCGGUGCUAAAACUUUGCUUGCACAAGGUUAUAAGUCAAUCGGGGAGGGAGCAGAUGAAUACUGCUUCCAGCGGCAGUAUCGGGGAGGCGAACGGUGGAACACCUAUCUUUCCCAUCACAAGCUCCAAUGAUAAAAUCGCAGUAAGUAAGGCCUCUGGUGCUCUCGACGAAUUGACGACCGCACCAAGUGUGUGGCUGCGCUAAGCGCGGGCAUUACUAGUUUUGAAAGGUCCGCGAUUGCCUAGUUGGCUCAUUCCCUAAGCAUCCGGUAGCCGUCUUCGUUCCUGUCUUCGAUGAUUGCUUUGAUUAUGGGUCUGGAAUCUCAGGCGAAUAUAGUUUUUGUUCUGGCCAUCGAGUCCCCUUCUCAAAUGUUAAAUGUUUGCUGGGUCACAAGGCCUAGCUUGUCAUAUGGUACUGCAUUGCCAUGUGCAGUGCUAUUUAGGCGUUACUGCGAAAAAGUAAGCACACACGCCCAAGUAUCAUCGAUUUCAGCGCCAUGCAGCCGGAACUCAUGUCUGAGAAGAUUAUUACGAGACUUGUUAGUACUGUGGGGAAUUCAAUGAAUUUACGUGACGAGAGUUUUUAUUAAUCUAGUUAAUUUGAAACCUGUUAUGCCGAUGCGGUCCUAGGUGCUAUGUAUGCUACGUAUGCAUAUUACAACUUUUGCAAUUUUAAGAAUGGAAAAAAGGAAGGAGGAACGUAUAGACCUAAUUUAUGAAAUAUAAUAACACAAUUCACAAGGAUCGGAAGGUGAAACUAAAUACCGCUGUGGACUCAAUGAGGAUAAAGACUACCACGUGAAGUUUUGCUUGACCUCUCUAUAAAUAUAGUUUCAGGUCGAUUGCAGAACCCCUAAUAAAGGCCGUUAACAACACUGAUGUAACCUAAUCCCUGCUACGUAUCUACAAUUUGCAGACUAUCGCACAAGUCCUGGUUUGACGGCUUUCUUCCUCUCGGCUCUCAAAACGGCCAAACUGCCAGACAGCCCGUCGGGGUUGUCCGCUCUAUCGCGUCCUCAAAAAAAGACUCCAACCUUACCACUGCCUCCGGCAGCGGGACCAGUCGUCAAUACAUUCGUCCACCCACGGGAUCCGAGGAGACACUGUCUGGUGAUGCCGCCAGAUCGGAGAAUCUCGUACCCACUGUCUCAACCACCUGCUCGGCUGCCGCCCAGGAGGCGACCUCUCCAGGUGGCGAGGUGCAUGCACACAAAGCGCGGACUCCAGGGGGCGUGCAACAGGCGCACCGGCUGACCAUCUCACGGAAGGUGUUGGCGAGCAAGCUGGGACACAAUGCCACCUCACCGAGCAGUCAUCUGCCGCCGAUGGUCGGCGCGCACCAGCAGCAGCAGCAAGCCUACUUGGCCAGCGGUUCCGCCGUCGCCUCGAAAAUGCACGGGUUGAUAGACCCCAUGCAUGUGUGUAACCACAUGCCGGGCGGGCUGACUGUACUGCCUGAGGAAACAAAUCAUGUAACCAUGGUGAAAGGUCGACCAUUUAAUCGGCUUAAGUCGGAAAUUGCACAGGUGAGUAAAAAGUAAAACUAUGGGAUUUUUAAAGCGACAGAAUUAUGAGCAAAAUCAACGGAUAAGCGUUUAUCGUAUAAUAAUUAAUCAACUUCCUAGCGAAGUGUGUGAAUGUGUUUUGCGUAAUUCGCCAUUCCGAAAAUACGGGUACUAGCUUAAAGCCGAGAUACAUGUUUUGCCCACGUUUACGCCGCUGUAUGACAAAAAUGCAUGGCGCUGGCUGUUCAGUCGUUCCCUCAGUGUUUCCCGUGAGCUGUUUUGUUAUCGCCGAAUGCAAACCAAACAAUGUCUGACGCAAGCAUGAGCCAUUGUUACUGUCAUGAUUUAAACACCGUCCUAAUAAUCGCAAAGAUAACUUAAAUCGCCGGGUUUUGACAGUCGGAUUUUGUAUCAAUCAUGUGAACUAAAUUGCUACCUUUCGUAGCUCAUUGGCAGGUUUUGAGUUCUAAACCCUCGGGGCAGACGGAAUUGCCGUCGACGUUUUCGCUCUAGAACAGAAAAACAGACUGACAGUCUGCUAGAUGAAUAAAAUUUCCGUUUCUUUAAUAUACUUAUGUACACCUGGUUAAAUGAGGGCUUUCAUUGCUCAAUUUAUCCAAAGUAAUACGUUAUUUUGAUUUUUCAAAGCAAAAUUAUUUGCUGAAUAUUGCGAGAGCAUUCCCAAAGACAUUAUGGAACGUCUGUAAAUAUACCGCCUUUUCAUACAUAACAAUGUGAGUACCUCUGAGCACAUUGGUCCAUGAGAAGGGCGCUGUCUUAACUUGGCUGCCUAUUUCUUGUUUAUUUGGCCAUUGGUCACCAUUAACUUCGGCAAGAGAGCAACCUACCGACCAUUCUUCCCAGGAACCAAAUAUUAACGAACUGCCAUGUAGAUUGUCAUUUGAAUGCUGGGUGGUUAGCGUAGAGAACCGUUUUGGGAGUCCAGGUAAUUCUGUCGAAUCUGUAAGUACUUUGAUUUGAGAAUGUUAUAUCUUGCAUUUGAACAGUACAUGAGCUUGAUAUGAACACAAACGUGAUCAUGGCCCAACCAGCAGCUUCGGAAUUCUCCAUUCUGCAAGGAUUUCAAUCACUUCUUAUCAUGCAUUUGCCUGAAAAGCAUUUGUUUGAAAAGCAAUCCUCCUUGGCGUUUCAUAAUUAAUGUUGACUUUUUAAAACGACUGCGCUAAUUUUUGAAAAUAUGCAUGAAAUCAUUUUUUUUCAUUUUAACAGCAUAACUCGACUUAAGCUAUGUCACUACUUGAUUUGUCAAAGUAGACAAAAACUUUGGUUUUCGACAAAGCCUUUUUACGGGUAUGCGCUGGAUGGGCUGCUGAGCUGCAGGCAAAACGAUUUGGCGGUGAAAUCAUGUACAAACGACUCCCCCAUCACCUGAACUUCUAUGUCAAUAUUUUUCCUCGAAACAAACGAACACUUGAGCGGUUUUACGUGAGAAAUCAAGCAACAUGCCUUAAUAUCAUGGAUGCCAAAUUUGCCAAGUUGGUACUACUUGCUGAGUCCAUUUUUAAGCGAACCGGUGGAUCUGGCGAAAUAAGACAUUUCCUUCGGCCGAUAGGUACCCACCUAGUUACGGCGCCUAGGCCACGCCCAGCCUUUGAAAUAGCUCCAAUGUACUCACUUGACCCAAAUGUGAUUAAACUCACGUCGUCCAGCCGGGCCUCAAAGCUCAAGUGGUUAGAGCAUUCGCUGUUCUAAAGCCUUCCCGUUACUGCGUGGAUUCGAAUCCCACCGAGGCGCCGAGUUUUUCACAAUUGGGUCAAUAUGAAUUAUUCAAAACUUGCCAAAACUUCUAUGGAUCCACUGGAUGUCUAAGGACACUAUAGCCUGGCAGAACCAGUGUGAUUUUGCUGGCGGUAAAAGAAUAUAGGCCAAUCAUUUCCAGGAAUUCAAUACCUCAUUGGAAGAUAGAGCGUCGAACUAGUAGGAAAGAUUGUUUUGUGAGUAGGCAACGCACCUACUCAAUUAGAAAUGAAAAGGUGAUGAUAGGGUAAGAGCCUCUGGCCAUUAGACUAGUGAACACAGUCAUCAUUGUCCAAAACACACAGGAACAGUGCUGACUGUGCCACUGCAGGACAUGCCCACGUCCACAUCUUCUACUGACUUUUCGAACUUCUGAGAUCUCCCGUGCCGGCUCUAGGGGCAGCGGUCAGCGUAACUAGCUGGUAAAUGGGAUGGGCGAAUGAGCUGCAGCUAGACGCAGAGGGGAAAGACAUCGUGUCCCUUCUGGAAGAAGAAGAAGAUGAAAUCGCUGGAGCAAGACGUUCACGGGCCUGACAUUUCGGAUUCUCAUCCGAACCCGUUGUCAGAGACACUCGCAAGGCGCCCCGAAUUUCUAAGUUGCGGUUGUAAGGUCACCACACGGCUAUUCUAUUUGGCAGUACUCGUGUUUAUCUCUAGGGAUCGAAGUUAAUGCGAUGAUUGCUUGUCACUCCGUACCCGGAUCGUUAACUGCCAUUAUUUCAUCACCGUUGUCGAUUCUCGGCGUGACGAUUGCUCGACCACUUACUGUCACCACUUCUCUUCACUGAUGCAUACUCGGCCACUGGCGCUCAUAGUAGUCCCCCAGUCUCUUCGACAUCGUUGCUUUGUCCGCAAACAAUCCAUGUUCGAUAAACCACUCCGGAGGUUUUUUGCAGUAGCUGUGGGUCUUCUGGCCGCAUGACCCGGUUGCCUCCGGUCUGUGUGUAAUUGCCACUCCGGGUGGUGGGAAGAGGCGGUUGAUGGCUUCUAAGACGUUUUUCACGAGCGGGAGCGCUCGCCAAAAUUUGGGGUCGUCUGAAGUUUGUCCCUCGUCGUGUUUAAGCAUGCAGCGACUAGCAAAAUUGCGCGGAUACCCAUUCGCUCGAAGCGCCCGUUAAAUACACUGUUGUUCGGCAACCUCGUCUUUCGGUUUGCAUCAAGCCGUCUCCACACACCAAUAUAGGGCCCUUAAGCAACUAUUUUUAUAACUGAUGCGGCGGCUGAUGUUUAGGUUCAGUACCUGUGUCGGAUCAGUCAUUUUUCUGAACACCUUAGUUUUUAGACCACCAUAAUCUUUGUGGCAAACGAAGACGUCGAGGAAGACUAGCUGGUUGUUUUCCUCUGUCUUCACCUUAAGAAGACGGCGUAAAGAUGUCCUUUGAAUAGCAGCACAAAGGCAUUAUCCACAUACAGAGUCCAGAAUUUCGGUCUGUUUCGACUCAACACUAGCGACUCCAACCAUUACAAGACCGCCUCAGCUAUGAGUCUCGGAAUCGGCGAACCCAGUGACAUUCCUCUUACCCGUUUGUAGAUUGUUCCGUCAAAAGUGAAGUCUGUUUUGAGACAGGAAUUCAGGAGUUGGAGUAUUUGGUGUGUCUAAGCCGUUGCAUCCUAUUUGUUUCGUAAGAAUGAUUCGAUGGUGUAGAUUGCCAGGUCCUGCGAAAGAAAAGUGAAAGGGAACGUGACAUCAAAAGAUACAACGAUUUCGCUUGGCGGGAGACUUAUCCCUUUAGGUUCCUCCAAGAAUUUUGUUAACGAGCAGACUGUGGUGUCCGAAUCAGCGAUCAGAAAUGAAAGGCGUCGAAAGAGCCAAUUCUGCAGCUCGUAGAUUUGUAUGCAUUUGAAUGUUAUGAUUGGUCUGAGAGGAGCGCCUUUUUCUGCACUUUAGGCAGACCGCAGAAUCAGUCCAAGGCCGUUUCUUGCGCUACUACUAUGCGUCGGUCGGUCGAGGAUAUUGCACCGGAGUUCUCCAUUGCCAAUAACAUGACGCGGAUUUUGCGUGUCGGCAUUUAUAGUUUAAUUUGUUUGAAACUUAGAACGGUGGAUCCUCCAAAAAACAUAUGGCUUUUUCAGGGUAGUCGUCUGGUCCAAUACGGCAAUAGAACGCCCCUUGUCUGCAGGCAGGAUAACGAGAUCUUUAUUGGCCUUGAGUUCCCACAGUGCACCGCUUUCGACCAUAGGAAGCACUUCGUGCAGCCUAUGUGUCAUGGGAAGGGAGGACACUUGGUGUCGAAUAAGGUUCUUCGUUUUAUCUGGCGGUGGCCGAGCAAAUAUCACCGCCUUCUCCCUUUCUCUCUCUCUCUCCCUUCCCGUCGGUACUCAGGGAUAUGAGGAGUAACAUAAUCAGCGGACUAUUCGAGAACAAAUAUAAUAAUACUGGCCAGAAGCUAAAAUAAAGGCGUCUCAUACAGCCCCCAAAAUAUUACCUCUAAAUGUAUUUAAGGUUUGAAGUGAUCAUAUCCGAGCAACUUAUACGUAAGUCAUAGGGAGUGCCGUUGCCACGUUUCAUUUCGCAAACGAUUCCCUAAAAAUAAGAAUACUUGACUUUCAUGACCUGAAGGCUCUACUUUUGCAUCGAAAUAUCAUCGAUAGCUCCGCCCUUCUUUUGGAAUAAAUGGCCCGAGAGUCUCACUACGUUUUGGUCCAUAUUUUUCUGGACAUUUAUUUCGCAAUGAAGAUGGGGUCUAACAAUAGCCUGCUAUGGCCCUCUGUUCUGCUAGAUAUUAAUCUGUUUUACAAAUGUGACAUUAGACUUAUAAUCAUGCAUAUAAAACAAUCAAAUGCCUUCAUGAAUCGUUGUAACUCAAAGCAUAAAUUAACUCUUGGAUCACACAGUCAGGCAGAUGGACCGAGCGCAGAUGAGGCCCAAACUUGAAUUUAAAACCGGAUAGGUGUAAUUAAAAUACCUCUUAAGCCACUGUCCGGUCACAAAAACUUGACAGCGAGGUGAAGUCGAACCUGUGACCCCCGGAAUUCUCAUUCGCUGUUCAAAAUCUGAACCAUUAUAGUCGAGUCGGCUAAAUUUUCUGAUUAAACGACUUUUCCGUUACUCAUACUCAAUUGGCAUUUAAAGGGCCGCUCCAGGUUUCUAUUGAAACUUCCCAAAUCGGUAAAGUCAAUGUACCUUGCACUCAUUAAAAGUUCCAAACAUAUUUCCGGACAGACGAAAUUGUCCGGAAAUGCAGUAACUGCUGCUCACUUCACAAGUUUUCAGGCGCGGGCGAGUUUUUCUAUUUUAGCUGCACUGACAAAAACUGCUGGCAGGGUGGAUUAAGAGUGCUACUUUGGUUAUUAUUGCUCACUUAUAGGUCCUGCUCUCUACUCCCGGUGUCGUUCAUACGAUUCUUACUCCGACGACUUUUCGAGCCGAGUACCGUCGCGCCGGCAGUGGAUCCAGUCUUCUGGCACGACCUGUAAAAAUGCAGAUUGACAUCGUUCGUGCCUCGAAUCCGGCUCACGGAAUAUCCAACGGCACGCCAGAUGGCUCUGCCUCAGAUGUAGCUCCAGACCGCGAACUUUACGCGGUCAACUUUCAACUCCUCUCCGGUAGGAAUCCUUAACAGAACACAUUACUUAACGACCUGCCUUUAAACAAGACAUUUAUUUUAUCGCAGCCAUUUCUACUCGUCUCGUUUGAGGUGCUCAGAGACAUAUAAUUGCACGCAUCAUGCGCUCGAGCUCAAAAACGUUUGCUUAACUGAAGACACGAUGACAAAAACACAAGGCAGUUAAAUGAUCACUUCUGGCUUCCCGUAGGAUUACUGAUCGUAAUGCGACUGCCAGCUGACGCGCUAAAUUCGGCCCCAAGACACCAUAGAGCUAUCCUGUUUCGUAGCCUGAUCGGUGAUCGCACUUCCCCCAAUAUACACUAAGAUGUGUUUGUUAAUGAAAUUCCGUUUAAAUGAAGUUGUAGUCCUGAGAGUCACGAAAUCCAAACCUAAUUUAGGCAGACACAGUGGAGACGGGCACAUAGACAUUGGUCGAAACAUCGUUCUCUAUAAAUAUUCGUAAGCCCGAAAAUGAUAUACAAAUGUGGGUGGAGCGGACAUAUAGGACCCCUAAAUAGGAUAUCGGUACAAGAACAUUCCCCAUAUAGUAUUGAUGGAUCUGCAAAUAAUUCCGGAAAGCGCAAAGUAUUUCCGUGUCCUAACCCCGAAAAUAGCUUUUAUCUGGAAUUAAGCCGUUGUCCCAAUCUUUACUCUAACCCUACCCUAAACCUUAACUCUGCCAUUAACACUAGCCCCUUACCUUAACCCUUCUUUGGAUCCUCACUUACCUUAUCGUUCAUUUAAAAUCCAGUCUUAAACCUAGUCCCAAACCCGACCCUAACCCAAACCUUAAGACUGACCCUUAAUUCGCCAGAAGUUGACUCAAAGUCCCCGUAUCGCAGGCAAUUCCUGUUCUCAUAUCCCGCUUAGGAGUCAUAUAAGUCAAUCUCACCCAAAAGUGUUUAGCUUUACAAUUACUUCAGAAGGCUUCAUGUCCACAUGAAAUUUGGCGUUUAAUGCGGCGGAAUAUUCUGACAUUUAAAAUUCUAUUUUUAUUUUAUCUCUUCCAUUUUGGUUAAUUUACAAAUAUUAUUUUGUUAAGUCGUGAGCACACCUUCCGACACCCAUAACGUCCCAGAUGUCGUGGGACUUUCAUCUGUAAACCUACAGAAAUUGAUCUGAGCAACUACUCAUGUGAAUAUUUCCAGAUUUAUCUUUCAUUUCAAAUUCCCUCUUGCCUUCUGAAUCUCUUAAAGAUGCAUUCUGACAAAGAAUCUAAAGCAUUUAAGUCACUUAAAUAAUAUGUAUUCGACAGACGAAUGCAGAGAGUUAAGGCGAUUCUAAGUGACAGGACAGAUUUAAGACGAACUACCAGCGUAUUAUGCUGUGGAUCCUUAUUGAAACUUUACCGCCGAAAUCCGUUCAAUUCACGGGUAUUAUCGGUUAAUUUCUAUGUACUUAAAGGCACCUAUCGGACUAUGAUAGGUUAUUUGUGGCGAAAAUACUUCAUUCUGAAUCAUUAUCCAAAACUUUAGCAGACCUUUAUUCAUUUACCUCGGAAAACGAAAAAAACUCUUUUGUAAUCUUCACGCUCAGGACUCUAACAACGUCGUAAGCACAAAUCUAUCGCUAAUUAAUUCGCGGUUUUUAUCUCAAUCUUCUUUAAAAUCGUCACAACCUAGUCAGCUAUUGGCAUACACAGCAAACAUUCGAUUUUUUUACGGGCCUGUCUGGCGUAACUGAUAACUCAUAGCUGUUCUAGACAGGUGUGUUCGUUUCCUCUACAUCCAAAUGCAUUUAAAGCGCAGGAGUUGAAACCAUGUUAAGGCAAAUGUCUGCUGUGCCGGUGUCAACUUAAGAUUUCUUAAGAGGGCCACCCCCUCGCAGCAGUAAGAAUGUGUUGUAACCGAUGCCAGUGAAAGCAACGUUGGCCUCUCGCCUUACCCAUCUUGUGUGCUAAUGACCGAGUGUUUUGCAGCACUUCGGUUUUUCCUCUUAACUGCGGCCACAUAGCUAUGAUUCAGAGGGGUGGAUUAAACUUCUACGGAGCAUCGAAGACCUCUGCAGUGGCUGUUGCCAAACCGUAAAAGGACUUCUGUACUCAUACGCUUAGCCAGAAUUCUGCGGCUGAAGUUGUUUUUCUCAGUGCUACACGAGGACGGGUUUAAAGGGGAAUCAUUUAAUGACGGGACCUUUGUCAACAAAUUCUACCACUUCUCACAAGACCGCAUUAUUGUGGAAAAACUAAUGUCCUUCAGUGAGAUUUCACAAACAGUUUCUCGCUCAAAGAACAUACGUAAUCAAACGGCCGCCAGCUGUACAAAUUUCGUCUAGGGUGUCGUGCCCUUUUCCACUAUCGUCAGUCCCAUUGUUUUGAAUUAAAACAACAGUCGCUGUGCUUGCUCUAAAUAUAGCACUAAAUUUUAAAUCAAUGUUAACGGGGCAUAUCAUGUAGUAGUUUUACAAAACUUAAUUGCUAUCGAUAUAAGGCAUUGGAAGUAGUAAUAUCGUGACCAGUAAUGUUUGCGUUACUGCCCUUUGAUGUCCGAAACCAUCGCUCAACUAAAUUCUUGCUCCGUCCAAUGACAGUUUAAUGCACAAAUUCUUUUAUAAAGGUCAUUGUUCGUCAGGGAAAUAUAAUCAUAAUUUAACUUCACAUAGAAAGUGAUACUCCACAUUGCUCUUUUGCCCGUAAAUAACGGCAGCCCCGAACUUCGGCCGAGUAAAAUUCGCCUAUUUCUCCAUAGUUCCGGAUAGGAAUGAAGAUCGCUAUUCGUUUUAAAGUCUUUGAUCUAGGGUGACAAACUUUUCGACAGAGAAAAAGAGUGACUAAGGUGGUUGGUUCUGGUUUAUUCUCGCUCAUCCAGCAAUCAUACGUAAUUCCCAGCGGGGCAUCUGAGAUUUUAAUUGGAGUCCGAUGAUCAGCCAGUACUUUCUUGUCAGAAGCUCUACCAUAUGGGAUAGCAGCCCACUUCUAGCUGGUUGCGUUUGGAAAUACUUAGUCUCGCUUCGUUUGUACGCCUCAAUUGUUAAUUGUGCAGAAGUUUACGAUCGCCUGCGAGGGCUUAGGUUCGGAGACAAUUACUUUAGUUCUGCACCCAACAGUGAUCGACUAGAACAAACAUUCGUGUGGUUUUACGUAUUAACAAACGCAACCGAAGGAUGUGUGCAUGCAGCUCAAAUGGCAGAAUGUUUGACUUGAAAAUGCCAGAUUUCCAAAAGGUUCGAUGCGAUAUUCCGGGCAUCAGUUUGGGGCUGAAAUACAUCUGUCUGAUUAUGGCAAAUAAUGUCUAUUGCGGCCCUCCCUCGCCUCAUCGAUAACAUCAUCAUACGCUUCUUCGGAAUCCCUUCAGGGAUUUCGAUUUAGAAUUCCAGACAUCCAACACUUGCCUUGAUGCCAGUUUAGCAAACCAUUCUUGAUCUUUUUGACAGAGAUCUUUUAUCAUCUCUGUGACUGAUAGACAGAACUGACUUCUCCCACCGAGUGACCAAGCCCUAUUGAAAACCACACAGUUGACAUACUCAACUCAACAAAGACACGUUCUUCCCAUAUGUUAGCAAGGCGUCUUCUUUCUCACUUAAUCCUGAUCUGUGGAGUUGGAAGCUCGGGCAUGGAAGCAUAUUCAGAUGUUGGGAGUUUCCUUGAGUUAACUGGAAACAUGUAUCCGUCUGACACAGGAAUAUGGGCCACCUGCCAUUACACAUGGCCUUGCGUUAAAUUGCAGACACGUUCCUAUUUCCGUUUCUUGACUUAAACCGUGGUUCUUCUACUGCUUCCGCUUCUAACCUCAACCCAACCCUAUUUCCAAUACCUUGGAAUCUACAACAAGGCUAUCUGUAAUAAGGGGGUUUAUAUUCGCGCACAUAACCCAUUUUUCUCCCCAUGGCUUGUUUCCCUCUACUUUUCCUUCUUUGAGAGUUUGCACUGUCCGGCCGACAAAUGUAUUUCAGAUAUAUGGAACUUCAGAUAUCGACUAUCAGAUUUUCUCGAUAGCCAUAUAUCUCUGGAGAUAAGUGUAUUAGCCCAGUUGUCUAUAGGCCUAUUGGGAUGGAAAUGAGGUUGUUGAUCAGAUUCAUUUACGAACAAACACCGGUGCUGAUUAUGUCGCAGAAAUCAUCAACAGACCUAAGCGAUAUUAAAUAUUGUGAAGGGAUUUAAUAUCAAUGCAUGGACCUGCCACGCAAUCAUAUGGAAUUAAGGUGGACUGCUGAUCAACGGAGUUUUAGUGACAGACAUUCGCUCUCCAUGGAAAAUAAUGAAACAUUAGGCGAGAUUAUUCAGUGCGCUUUCAAGCAGGAUGGAUUGCACUGCAAGGAUCUCAAAACUGAUUAGGAUGCGACACAAUAAUUUUCCAAUUCAUGUAAAAUAUUGCACGGGCUUUCUAAUGCGAAUACUUUGGCCACCUUAGCAAAUCAUGCUUCCAGCUUAUUUUUUAGAAAGUUUCUAUUUCACCGAGUCUAGGGGUUUAUUUCAAACUGUUAUGUAUUGCAUAACAAAUGCACAGAAAUAUAUUUACAGUCGUACAGUAAAAAAUACCGUCUUAUUCAAUGUUUAUGCCUAUAGGAUGAGAUUGUCUGUGCUUUGCAAAGUGUGACCUGAUAUUUUUGAGGCGUCACAGUAAAUUGCCUAAGAACUCGACAUGAGCACCACUUAUCAAUGAUCUCUAUCAACCAAAAGCGAUCGCAAUCUAUGGACAUACAUACAUAUUCACGAUAAAUUUUAAGACAAAAUAUGUAUGUAUGUUCUUACCUAGAAACCGUAGGAGUAGGGGAAAACACCGAUAUUUUUGACUGAAUACAAGUUAUGUAGACGUGAAACGUAAGGGGAAAUAUACCACAGAAACAGGGAUCAGUAUCUUCUUUUGAAGUCUGCAUAGAUGCUCAAAAAUAUACUCCUUCAGAAAUCACUAUUCCAACGCGUACGAACUGAUUUUCGAUCAAGUUUCAUGCCAGCCAAUUUUGCGUUAAUAGUCCUUUUCCUAUGAAGGCCUACUGAUCAGUCUCGGGCACUCCGUCGAGCGUUUUGGGGCUCUUCAUGUUCAAGCAAACCUCUGCUGAGACUUGUAGCCUAAACUGUACUGUUAUAGGUUUAUUGCGUUCCGAUGUUUAGAGCGAACUAUGGGUAAAAGCUUGACGGCAGCCCAAGAGUUGUGUAAUGUUGUCCACAAACAUAUCUCGCUGCCGCUGAGCAGAUUUGAACAGAGAUGAUUGUUAGAUGAACGAAUUUUGAGCCUGGAAAUAGUUGGCAAAAAUGUCCGUCGGAAAUAGAAAAUAUGACUUGUCUGUCAGCCAGGCCAAUGCUUUUGGGGUUACAACUAAAGGCACCUUCCUAAGUGGCAGGGCAUGACAACAGCCGUGUGUGUAACAACAAUCCAACAUUUCCGGUCUAUUCAUUGGCACUGAAGGAAUUGUUCUGCACAGCAGACAUUUAGCAAAACUUCUGGUAUCCUAUGUCACAGCGGUGCAAUAGUGUCUUCAAUCAAUAUCAGUGAUAUUUAAUUUGGCUCUCCCACACUGCUAAUUUAAUGAAUAGGUAUAUCCUUUUUGUUCAUGGGUAGUUUCCUCUGAAAGAUAAGAAUCACCUAAGUCUCCGUAGCAGGCGUAUCCUUAGAGUGCUUUCACUCCUGACAUAGGAUGGGAUCAAGUCUUAUUGGGUUUGUCGUCAAGCUCCUACGAAGUUAUGCGAAGGACUGAUAUUUUUCGAAGCUCCGUAGACCUAAGGAGUAUUCAUUAGCGACACCGCGCAUCCUGCCAGCGCGCUGCGUUUUUUCAUCUGCAGCAGAAUAGAGUGACAGAAAUUGUCCUGACGACUUCAGAAUUGCGCAAAGAGGAGUUUUCAUCAAACGUAAAAUCUUAUACAGCCCACGGAAUUCCGGUGGUCAUAGAGAAGUAAACGAACAUAGUACAGCUUCUCCACGGGUUGCUUGGAACAAACGUGGCAAAUUCAUCCAGAAUAGUAAACUCGCAUAGAAAUCUGUAAACACAGCAGCAUGAAGCAACAGGGAUGUAAGACGAUCGUCAAUCAACCGAAGGCAUUGUUACUCAUAUCCAAGUAUUCGCCUGUCGGAGAGUUUUGCUUCCGACCUCUAAAGACGCGUGAAUGUUUUUCACCUUCGAGGGUGAUUUUAGCAGGUAAAGAAAUUAUGCAGGAUGUAGUCACUGACAGAAAUAGCGUUGACUCAAAUCUGAAUUUAACUGUGGACGUUCUAAUAUUUACCCACGGUAGUUUUGGAACUAGGAACUUACAUCGUGUAUCUAUAUCUUCCUUAAACUUUUAAGGCUUGUCUUGGGUAGCAAACGAUUUAUGUACAACAUAUUUAUCCUAGGUGUUGCAUAGCUUUCGUCCUCAAACUCGACCAGUCCGACGUAUGCAUGUGACAUAUUGAGAAGAGUGCUUGCAUAUUCUCCUCAUUAGGGAGUUUUCGCCGCCUAAGGGUUCUCACUGUAGACUGUGUAUGUCGUGAAUUGUAAGGCGGUUGUAAACCAACCGACAGAGUGCCAGUUUUUACCGCUUUACUUUUGUGCACCUAAUCAAAGGAUUAAAGCAAAAGCAGGCAAUAAAAUGGCAGUAAAAAGUACAGGUUUCCAUCGAUUCUGCCUAUGUCCAUAUCUCUGCAGAAUGCAAUGGCGUGCGGCAUGAGAUAACUAGUCACGCACUGGGAGUUUCGCAUCACCAAGUUGCCCAGCGGUACGGGAUUGUGGUCGAAUUUUGACCUGUUAUUUCGUUUAACCCUCCUACUCUUACCAUUAUUCGUAAGUCAACGUUCCUAGCAAACGUUUCGAAAAGAAUUUCAACACGUACUGGAAUUCAAGAGACUGUGUUGCUUCCGAAAGAAUCAAAUCUGAGCAACACGGCCCUAAACUGUAACAGUUUUUGCGAAAUCUUUUCCCAGAAAAACAGUGCAGACAGUUUCGUGACUGGCCAAAAUUACCCCUCUUUUCAUUCAGAGCCAGAAUCCCGAAACAUUCAAUCAUUUGAACAGUUCACCUAACCGAAAUUAUAGGUUGGCCAUAAGACGUAUUUCAAUCACAUGACCCACAGUAGCUGAACUAGCUCAUGAAAUGUCAACCGAAAUUCCGAAGCGGGUUCUCGUUUAGAGAAGAUUAAUUAAGUAGAAUUGUAAAACUAAUCAGCCUGCAGUUCAAUUCUAUAAUAUUUCAUUUACGUCAUAAUGCCGGCUCUCGAAUGAACUUCCUUCCUAUCGCAUGCAAAAUGUACACUCUGUAAAAAAAUGACUGCUUAAGUAGCAUGAAUUUUUCCCUUUGAUAUUUAUGGCCCCUAAAAAUUCAACUAUAUUUCAUGGAAAACAUGCUUAAAACUAUAUAUUCUUUUGCUCAUUCGGUAACUAAUUAUGUCUUGCAAUUUAAUACACGAAGGAGGGAUAUGAGCGGUUUUAAAAAAGUUUCUAAUUGUGAGACUUAAAUACCGUGAAAUGGCCGUCCAUAAAAUGUCAUGUCUCUGCAUUUACCAAUGUGGCUUGUAAACUUAACAAUAUGGAUCAAAUCAAAUGCUAAAUUUUAUGAACCCCAUAUGGUCUCCUCUCAAUUCCGUAGAGAAAUGUGUGGUUUUCUGUUCGCGGAAAAUACAUGGCUUGUAGUCUGGAAACCCAAAAUCCAAGUGUGACAGUAGAGCGAAUUCAAAAUUAUUCGAGAAUUUGAAAACUUUUUUACAACCGAAUUAUGUCCCUCCUUCGAGCAUAAAAUUAGAAGAAGACGUAAUUGUCUGCAUAUGAUCAAAAGAAUAAGUAUUUUUAUGCACGUUUUCCAUUAAAUAUAAUUGAACUUUUAGGGGCAUCAAAAAACACAGAGAAAAAGUCAUGCUAAUCAAGUAGUCACUUUUUUUAAGUGUAGUAUGUGCAUGCAGCCGGAAGGAAGUUCGUUCGAAAGUCGGCAUCCUGCGGUAACUAAAUUAUUGUAGAAUUAUUUUGCAGGCUGAUCAGUUUUACAACCCCACUUAAUUAAUCUUUUCGAAACGAAAACGCAUUGCGGAAUUUCGGUUAACAGUUCAUGAGUUAGCUCACCUAAUAUACUUAAUCCCAGUUCGGCUGAUCUUUGAAAUAGGGCGCAGGACAACGUUUGCUGACUAGCAAUCUAGCAGGGCAAUCCUAACUGAGAAGUCUCUAUGUGAUCAGAGUACAACUGAUUCAGCAUGACAAGUUCGGCGUAGCUCGCGUUUAUAAUGGAAUAGCUUAAUCAUUUAGUCCUCGAGGCAGCACUAAUUCUGGACUGCGAGAAGUUCGUCUUAGCAAAAUGGACAACACAAGGGCAAUCAUUCAUCUUCCCAAACAUUGAGUAUUUUUAACGUCUUUUUAAUUUUUUUGCUUUGGGGCUAUUAACGCAGCUCCUUUACACCUAGUCACUUUCAUUAACUUGGGGCUACAAAAAUCCCACUAUCUGUGAGGAAAGUGUUUUGACACACUUUCCCGAAUGACCGCAUCACAGUGACUAAUGAGAUUUCAAGGUUUUAAGCUGCCAUGCUGGCAUUGGUUCCUCCCGCAUUCCUCGUGUGUUUUACGGUAAAUACUGCGGUUUAGAAAUUGUCGUUUUCAGAUAGUACCUGUGCUGUCGGUAUGGCAUCCUGUAACUCCGAUACAUGCCACUAGCUGCCUGUUAGCGGUUUAAUGACUAUUACACGGUUACCCCGUUGUGGCUUAUAAACCUCAGCCUAAAUAUUCAUACCAUGUUUUGGUUUGCGUCCUUGGACCUCAGUUCAACUUGAUUUAUUUCAAAAAAAUUGCCUAAUAUGUGAAGAAAGCUAAGCAAUAAACAAUAUUUUUAGGAGCAAAUGAUAACCUGUUUGGCCUACGGGAAAAAUCAAAAACUAGUUCGACAAACCGCUGCAACCCGUUUUCUCACAUCGAGUGGUAAGAGGUCUUGGUGCCGUAGUUGACAGGAUGCAUAAAAUAUGCUCAAAUUCGCGAGAACUACCUGACGAGAUGGAAAUUGACUCUCAGUUAAUAAUGAACGGUUAUUGGUUAGAACAGAACACGAGGAAAAUAUUUCAGGCAAUAUCACGCUUGUUAGAAACAGAAAUUUGCUUAUGAAGCUAAAAUACCAAAGACUCUUAUUUACUUUGACCCAGCUGUGAAAAACUCGCCGCCUCCGUGGGAUUCGAACCCACGACAGCAAGGGGAGUCCUUAUUACAGCCAACGCAAUAAAACACUCCUUUAAUGAACGAGAAAGGGUGCAAUAAUUAUUGAUGGAAAGUAAACCAUAAGGAGGCCUCGCGGAAAUUACUGUCAAAAGCAUUUCCAACCUCCUUCCUCACUAAUAGCUGCCGAGAGCCUGCCAAGCACUUGACAUUUAAAAAACACAUUUAUACACUACUGCGGAAAGUUUCAUUACAGGUUUUGUAAUGCGCAAUUCUUUGUCAAUCCCUUUCGUACACUGUUGCCCCUUCACCGAUGAGUAUUCAAAGCGGACGUUUCUUCAAACAGUUUACUACUUUAUUCCCCACUUCCUUUCAUUAUGAAAACUUCCAGGUGCCUGUAACCUCCCAGUGGAAAUUAAAUUAUAGGUCCUGCACGCCGAUUUAAGAGACUCUGUGAACAACUCCAAGCUCCCUUACUCGCCGGUACCGGAACCUCAGAAUUAUCGCUCCGCCCGAAGUCCUCGCCAGUGCCCACGGUCAGGCAUCGGGCGUUCGUGACCGCCGGUGAUUCUGACAGAAGUUCUUUUAACCCCACUGUUAUGCAGCCUAAUACGAUCAACUACUUGACUCAACCAACAGAACCAUCCAAUCAGUGGGCUUUCAUCGAUUCCGUUGAGGCAGACAACAGCUUGAAUCCCAGUGAAGCGGCCUGCUCAAUCAGCACACUCUGUUCACAAUUCGAGGCCACACUGGCCGUGAAUGACAGUCAGUUGGACUCCCUAAUGAAGGGGCCAUCAAAAUCGAGUGAGUCGACAACUGCAGACGUGGAUUGCGAAGGCGAACCGCAGGCAUCACAAAUGCCGUCGCCGACGGCCGAGACGGAUAGUCAAGAGAAGGAGGCGCCGCAGAUAUUACAAUCCGAAAAAAUGUGAUGCCUACACUUUCAGCACUGACACUUUUAUUCACGUAAGCAUUUCGUAUUUGUAUAUCUUUUACCAUUGCAUACACCUCUUGCAAAUAGUCAUUACAACAGAAGCAAAUCGGCACGUUUUGUAUACACGGGAUAACAUGUAUAAGGUAGCUGAUUCUGACUCUUUGCUGAUACGCAAACCUAUUUUUUAGAACCUAAGAUUGCAGAAAUACGGCAAACUAAAAGCUGACUUCUUUUAUCAUUAAAGGUCCACAAAUGCAGCGUAAACACACGUUGGAUGUGUUAUCGCACGAAACGUUGGCAUAAAUUCUGAAAUCCACUCUCAAUUCCAAAAGAUAAUAUGUGUACAGUUGUAAUAGUAAGGAUCGUAGAACGGAAUUCCAAGAUAUUUCAGUCACGUCAGGAUUCCAGCUUUCGACCGCCUACAAAAAGGAAACUGUAAAAAUGACUACUAACGUAGUGUGCGCUUUUCUUACUGAUUUUCAGUGCAUUUCCAGCAUAAUAUAUUGGAAACGAUGCAAGGUAAUAUUUGUUUUUUUGUUCAAUAGGUAGCCAAAAAUGCUUCAUACAAACCGUAUGCUAAAAAAAACUAUAUUUUGGUUUAAAAUUGUUUACUUAUUAGAUUUCCAAGGCCGUGAAUGUUCAUUUAUAAGCAUUCCAUCUCUACACCAAUAAAUAUUGCUUGGAAAGCGUGUAACCUGUCACCAAUUCACUGCAACAUUUUGCGAAUCCUAUAUAUUGUCCUCUAGAUAACGUAAAUAAAUAUUUGCUUUUCGUCAGACAACAAAUAUACAAUUUGUACGUUGGAAACCCCAGAUGAAAAUGUGACGGUAGGAUAGGUUAAAAAUUAUUCGGAAGUUGAAAGCGUUUUUAAGCCGAACAGUGCCCUUCCCUUAAGUGUGGUAUUCUAAAAACACGCAAUCUGUUACCAGAUGAGUAAAAGCAUGAAUAGUCAUUUGUACGUUUUCCAUGUAAGAGGCUCAAAUCCGUAAGAGUAGUUAAACCAACGAGAACAUUCACGUUAUUGAUGUGGUAAGUUUUCACAGAGUGGGGUUUUGCAGAAGCCCGUUCAAAAGCUGACAUCCUUACCUAACUGAAAUAUCGUGGGAUCCUGCUGCGUGAUCAUCGAUGCUACAACCCUGUCUUAUUUAUCUUUUCAAAGCGAAAGCAGUUUUCACAUUUUUGGUUAACAUUCCCUCUGACAUCACAUCUUAAGCUUCAAAUAGUCCUAAUUGCAGGCAACAGGACAUAUCAGGUAUCGAGGGAAAAAUCACUUAAAUUCCAUUCUAUUGGCCCUAAGUAACGAUCCCAACGGAGAUAACAGUUCUCAUUUGCCAAAGUGUGCACUUUAACAAAGUUUUUAAUGUCAUCCUUGGAUUUAUUCUCAAGAUGAGCUCAGUGACUCAUAGACUAACGCGCAUCUACCGUUGCGUCCAUAAGAAAUAUCCAGGAAGAAGUGAUUUGUCCCUCCAUUCUAGGCGUAUUCAGGGCAAACAGCAUAAAACUUAAUUCCUCAAGCCGUGUGUAGUAUUUUUCCAUUGGUAUUAUGAUGUUGUUAGAUGAAAAUUAGUAGUAAAUUACAAUCACAACGUCUCACUUUUGCAUGAAUUCCGUGAAAGUUACAACUUUUGCUACUCCAUACCCUCAAACUAAUUGAAUGUGAUGUUUUCCAGGAGAGAUGGAAGUGUAGAUAACUGCUGAUGCCAUAUUCGUCGAGCUCUUAAAUAACCCACCGAAAAUUACUUAAAAAUAAUUGUGGUACCUUUUGCUAAAAUAUCAUAUAUUUUACACUCAGUCGACUAACGUCUGCUUCCGGCGUUUUCAUUAGUCAAAUUCUGACACUUCGAAACAGGCGUUUGGAACCUGACCUUGAAGAUUUGACUGUAUGGGAAAAUAUGCAGCAACGAGGUGCUUAGCAUUAACCAAUAAAACGAAACCUCUUAAGUUGUCUCUUGUAGAUGUCAAAAGCGCUGUAGACUACGCGCCUUCCCCCCUGAUAGUUCCCUUACGCAUUAUAGUUAACCAUUCUUUUAGCCAGUUUACAAGGGAAAGCACCCCCUGACAUUACUUGACCCCCACGUUUGACUCCGACAUAUUAUGAUGUUAGCGGCUUUUGCGUGUGUUGGGAAUUACUGAAAUUGGUAAAGAAGAAAAAUACUCGUCCGUCUUAUGGAAAGGGGUUGUUUUCAUCCAUUUAGAAAUGCUGCAAUCUCCAAGAAGUAGGACAGUUUUGACUGGAACAUAUUAGGGGAGACGAGGAAGGCACCCAGCCAGGAAAAGAAGUUGUACGACGGAAUCUAAUUGUCGAUCUCGUCUAGCUUCGAGAGUUUGCCUAAACGUUCGCCAGUUGGGUUAUUUAGUCAAAUGUCUCUCCACUCUUUUAUCCAAAAGGCCAGUGCUUAUUUUUCGCCUUAGCGCCUACUCACUGUCGAAUGCACCACUGGUCCGUCAACCAUGGAGUAGCUUGAUUUGCAACAAAAUACCUGACAGUUUUUGAGAAGGAGGCAAUUAGUCAGUUCGAAGGAAUUGUUGUUAAUGAAAUUCGACCGACCAGUAGGCAAACCCACCCUAUUCGGGUUCAUUUUAAUUCGCACUUAACUUUCCUUUCGUCGGAAGUUUCAUACACUUUAGAUAACGAAAGUUGGCACUGGCAAGGCAGAAUAACCCUGUCAUCGUUUAAGAGCAGGUUUUCAAGUAUGCCUGUAGGAAUAAGGCUCCAGUUUCACAAUUUAGGAACGAGCCCCAGCUGUCGCAAGCGACGAGGUCCACUACUGUCUCAGGUAGUGGGUGCGGCCGUAGCCUGCGCAUGAAGAUCUUUAUAGUGAAAUAAGGCAGGUUUGCAUCUAAUUUACCCUCUCUAUCCAUGUACACGGCCUCCUGAUGAAAGGACAACGUCAGAACUGUCGGGUGGACGCGGGCGCGGUGUCUGGCACAAAUAAACGGUCCGUCUACGCGUGCCAUGCACGACCUGGCGCCUGAAUUCACGCUUUGUUGAGAAAGGGCACUGGAACCACACACAUGCACAUCUUACAUGUGAUUUGAGCGCACUUACCUACUGCUUAUUACGCCACUGAGAAUAGCCAGAGUAAAUACCCUAUCCAGGGCUGUGCAAACAAAUGAAUUAGAAAUUGGUGUCUCAAAGUUGCGAUUGAGAACUCGAUUCCCCCGUUCUUCGAAUAGAAGCCGUUUGCCCGAGCAGACAGACUAGGUCUGCAGAAAUUUGCAAACAAAGACAUUUCUGACCUUGCUUGAUAUUCAUACUUCGUAGUGUCAUUUUAAGGCGAAUUAAUAAAUACACGCUUUGUUAAUGUGUUCGUAAUAAAGAAUUAUGAAGGGACCUCAAAAGAAUUUAGUCUUUAUAAGAUCAUCUACCAAAAUGCCAUAUGUGGCCUGCACAAUAUAAUGAGUCCAUCAUACUAUUAUCUUCAAGUCAAAAUAUGACAUUCAUCUGAUGAAUCGGCAGACGCGCUACCGAGUAUUUAUAAAGGAAGACAAGUCUGCUCUGAUUUACACGGCCACAUUGAUUUUGUCAUCCGGUAUAAUGCGAUCAUCCAGAGGAGGGAUGUUCGACGUUCUGUCUAAUAAUUAUGCUACUGGUUGCCCAGCUCGAAAACAGUUUCUGCAUAGUAAAACCAACGCAAUGGAUGGACAAUGAAACUAACGAAUUUCACUUCAUCGCUCUGCAAAACUUGUAACGUCUCGUGCAACAUUGCAAGCAAAAACAAAUAUUCAUGAUUAUGCGGUUAUAAAGGUUCGUUGUCCCAGGAACUCCGUUUUCCUGGUAACCAUUUGCAGUUGUAGGUCACUAAUUUCAAAGAUUUGCCGUUGCAAGUCAGGCCCCGGUCCUUCAACUUUGGCAAUUUGCGUCGGACACAUUGGAUUACGCCCAAACUUGUAAGGUCACAAAAAGCUUGAGAUUGGCAAAUCUUGCCCGUUGUGACUUGUUUUGUUGGCUCUUAGCGAUUUUUUGCAAUUUUAUUUCAGCCUUUUUAGCCGGAUCUUAUGCAGUAACUUCACAGUUUCGCAUCACAGAUCUCACUCAAAAUACUGACUGUCACAAAAUAAUGUAUAAUGACUGAAUAAUUACAAUGUCGGUCUUUAUAAUGAUAUUCAAAUGUAAUAAAACGUACAGAUAACCUUCAGUUAUCAUCAACUAGCUGUCCAUCCCGGCCUAUGCCACUGUAACCACAAGCGACGGAACAGUAAACCUUAAUAGGCAUUUUAUUUGUUGUUUGUGUGCAUUAUUUAUCGCUGGAUGUUCUCGAAUCAAUGACCGUUCUCGCCUUUACAGAUUGGCCUUAUUUUUUAAGUAGUUUCGUAAUAAAAUGCUUGUGAAUCUAGGGCGUUGGUUAAUAAUGACGGUUGAAGGUGAGAUUUCGAGUUCAAGGUGUAUGCAUAAGCGAAGAAGAGGAGGGUCCGGGCACUGGAAUAUCUUUUUUUUUCUUGAGCUUUCGGACUCGUGCAGGAGUCCAUCGUCAGAAGUAGUAGCAGCAACAGGACAAACAACAGUUAUAGGGCAUGUAGGUUAAUCAUCGGCCGACAGCGCAAGACCGGAUGUGACUGCGCAGUUUAAAUUCGCAGCCACCAGGAUAGUCGCCCACGCCGGAAACAAAAAGGCCGAGAUUUGAUUGAGGAUGAGGACUCAGUCAAUCGAUUUAUCGAUUUGGGGAGUUCGACAAAAUGUAAAGACACCAAGUUAGCUAUUUCUGCCUGAUUAUACGUGGUGAUUCAGUCUUACCUGACCUCAGGCGCGCAGAAUCCUUAAUUCGACCUCAGGUCUUUUGGUUAUUGAACGCUAUUAAGUCCAGUGCUCAAACACUGAGCCACGGAGCCAUUGUCCUGGCAGUUAUCAUCAGAAAUGGUGGAGGUGAAUUCGCCAAUCUGGCAACGGGACAUGCUCGUCUCGUUGUACCUUAGGGCUCCUUCUGGAGCCCUCACAGACAGUCACAUAACAAAAAUUGUUAAAUAAAGUCCUUUUGACCAAUCCACAAGACCGCAAAGUCUCGUCAAAGUUGGAUCUUUUAUCCUGCUGGUGAUUCGUUGGGCUGAAGGUAAAAGUCAUCAUCCUCACAGAACUUUCUUAUGCUCUAAAUACCAGACUGUUUCCGAAAUUCUAUAUGAAAGGAAUUAAUUCGAGCAGCAUCAAAUAACAGUAGUCCAAUGAACUCUCUUGACAAUCUGCUUCAUCUCAGGAUAAUUAUUGGUGAAUAAGCAUCCUAUGCCGCCAUAACAGGCUGGUUGUCAUGUCCCCAGUAGGUGCAGUUGUGAUAUUUCAUUAAGCCAUUGAAUUUCGGGGAAACCUCAUCACCCCAAACAACGCUUGUGCAAAAGUACUCAGAUCGUCAAGUACAAGUCCUGUUAUCCUACUCUUUGGUGUAAACCACUUUUUGACAGUACUGACUAAGCAUGAAAUUAAGCUUGACUGAGAUUCAAAAUACGGCCUUAAAUUUAUCUUUAAUUCAAGUGAUGGUGGCUAGCACAGAUAGAUCUGUUGACGACUCUCCACUAAACUCUUAUUGUGCUUCAACUGCGUUCGAGAACGUCGAGCAGCAUUUCAGGGAGAAUUCCCCUUACUCAAGGUCCACUCUGUCGUCACAUUUAAGGCCAUUGUGUUUAAUAUAGUGGUCAGUUGGGUAUUAGCUGUCCCACUGUAUAGGGGUUUUUGACUGCCUGUAUACCUUUACUUGAUUCAGUGGCGACUCUCUGAAUUAUUCCAAACGAUUCCCGGCAGGUAACUAGAAUGAUAAUCUAGUAAGAGGCAGUUUCCUAGGCUGAAGAGCGCGCUACAUCCACAUUACUAGGGAUAUUUUGUUCCUACGCUCUCCCGCAGGUGAGCAUAUCAACCUCAUACUGAGCGGGGUUGAGCGUAACCACAUAACUCACGCAAAGAGAAAAAGACACCCCAAAAGCUCUAUCAGGUUAUAUGCUGCCUCUGGCAACCGGUCCAGCCGCAAGAAAGAGGCGGCAAACCGUCCUGUGACGUCCCGUGGGGCUGUGUAUGAUGUGGUGGCGGUCGGUGAGUGGACGUGAGACAUCAUGAGCUUGUGUAUGUGAGCAUGCGGCGCAUGCGCGUAAUGUGGCCCACUGCCGUCCGCUCGAGGUCGAGUUGUCAUCGGACAAGUGGGAGCCUGAUCGUGAGGCUUCAGGCGGGAAGGUGGUGCAGUGCGUCCGAGCUGUCGGCGUGUCUUCGCGCGUACGCCGCGAGUCCUUUGCUGCGGUUGUUAUGGCGACCAGGCUGCAUAGCACGCGAUCAGUUGUCGGUGGGGAGGGGGAGCAGGGGACAGAGCAAUUACAUCUCCUAUGCCGCGCCUCUCGUUCUCCAUCCAGUCGAUCUCAGUAGCUGUGUUAGUUUCUUCCUGUCCAAAAGACCAAUAUUUAUGUACACAUAGCAUGCUUACGAGUACAAGUCAUGUAGCGCCACGUGUGUCGGUGGCAAUAUUGAAUUACGUGAUGCGUGUUUUGUCAGGGAAACAGGAGAUAUCUCUGUACAGUUGCUGCAACAUUUCCCUUCUUUCAAAACAUCUAUUAACUAAGCCAAUUCUCCAGUAGAUUAAAACGCAUGGAAGCACAAAAUUUUACCAUGGUUUCCACCUUCAAAAGCUGAUAAACCGCUGCCUUUAAUGCAAACCCCAACCUAAUGUAUGCGUAGGUGUACAAUUAGUAAUGUGACGACUAACUUCUCACAGCCAAAUACAAACUAGUCAGUCAUGCUGGUAGGCCCCAUAUCAGAAACACAUAGUCUGAAUUUCCGUAACUACAUGUGAUGAUAACGUAUUGUUCAUUUAAAAUCUGCCCGUGUCGUCGACAUGAAAAAAUUAAGCAGUCUAUCUCAUAAAGUAUUAGAGAAAUUGCACACGAACCCCUGCAACUCAAAAGCCGUUCACGAACGUUGUACAGCCUAAAAGAUGAGAUCGGUCUUAAAAGACAGUAGAGUGUGGACAAUUACCACUUUCUUAAUGGUAAAUUACAUUUUUCCCAAAACCAGAAGUUUGCAAAUAAUUAAAAAGUACACAAUAACAGUACUUUAUGAUUUUUUUUACAUAUCCGACAGUAGUUUGAUAGUCAGGCAGAGAAGCAUUCAAUCUGCAUGGUGAUUUGGCUUAUGUUAUUUUUAAACGCGAAGUCAUGCCGAUACAAGCAAAACAGCGAGUUCCGGGGAGCGGCUAAGCAGGUAGGAACGCAAUCGCUGAAGCGCGAACUUCAUACUCCUGAUACUGUCGGAUGCACAGCUGAACUCGUCAGCAUAGGGAGAGUAAUAGACCAGCGAGAAGUAGAAGCUCAAAAGUGAUAGUAUUUUGUAGAAUGUGGUCGCCGUGAUUGGAAGCUGUCCUUCAUGAUCGGUUCGAAUGUGAGCCGGAAACGUUAGACAAAUGAAAUUCUCGUUCAAGCAAUAGCGUCUUCUUUUCCAGGAAGUCACUCUUUCACCUCCCCACCACCAGCAACUUUUUUCUGGUGCGUAGGAAGUUGGCAGGAGUGAAAGUAGCUCGAAGGCUGCAGUCCGAGAAACUGCCUCUAGUGCAGAGACUUAUAAACGUGGACUGUACAAGAAUCAUAUUUCUUCCGAGCAGUGAGCAAACGAGUUAUUCCGCAAAGUUUUGACGAUCAUUCAACGUCAGGGAAUACCGCUGUGCUCAAAAAAUACCCCUGACAAUGUCGAUGCACACUUGGAUGCUGACGGUGUCCGUCGUUGACGGUCAAACUGGCGGUUCUCCGAAUCUGACAGCAAUCAAAAUUAUCAUGUUUACUUGUGGAUCCCUUUUUUAGCUCUUACUAUUUUCAGCAAGAUUUCAUCAUUAUUAAUUCACACAAAUUCACCCUUAAUGAUGGCAAAAUUCGCUGCCAGAUAGUCGCGUGGGUGAUCCUUGGGCUACCAACUUUUGUAUCCGUUCCAUGUCAACGGUAGCAAACAUUAUCUCGACAUUUCGGCGCAGCAGAGACGAAUUGCAGCAUGUCAUGCAAAAUCCACUCAUGGGGGUUUGCAACUGAGGUUUUAUCAGCGAACUUCAUUAUUGCAAUUUAUGGCACACAGUUCUACAAAUUUAAUGUUUACUACUUAAACCCCCAUUCGCGGUUUUUCUAGCCUGGCUUUGACUGGGUUUCGUGAAAGUUAAAUACUUCCCUUCAAUUGCGUAAGGUCCUCUGUGCAAACCCCAUUUAGUAUUUGAUAAUGUCUAUCUACAGCAAAACGCGCAAAAACAUGCAGCCUUGGCAUGGGACACUCAGUGGCGCAAGAAAUUACCUGGAUAUAAUAAACAUCGGUUUUGCUCAGAAAUGUCCUGUUCAUCUUUAGUAAAAUAGCCUAAAAACAAAGUAUCAUUCAGAAAAAGACCUUCCUUUCCCCCAUCUCUCCACCAAGCGGAUGGAUCUAAUCUACCAAAAUAACAACAAAUUAUGUGCUCACUAUCAGUCGUCACAAUUCCCGUAGCACGGUUCCACUUAUUAAAUGCCGUCUGUACUCACGGAUUCCGGCCUACCACCACUGCUCCCUUCGUCAAUCAUGCAGAUUUACUUUUCCAGAUUUCUGAAUUGACGUCAGAGAUCCAAAAGCACGAACUAACACUUGUCUUUUCCUUAUAUUCAAUUGGUUUUGUUCACUUUAAGUGGAAGACGUUUCGAAUUGCACUUGGGCUUAUAAGCCAGCGUCCACAAUUCUAUUAAAGACUAUUUUGGGGCCCAUUUAACGAGUUAACGGUUAACUGCCGACUAUUUUUUUCUCCUUUAACCUGCGUACUUUUCGACUAAAACUCACAGAAUUCACUUAUUUGUCGUUAUGCACUUUUUGCACCCCGCUAAAAAGGAGAGGGAGAAAAAGAACAAGAGAUAAAAGUUUCAGCAAAAAAUUCUCAAACACUGACGUCUAAGGACAGACAAGAAUACAUUGAGCUAGUCGCAUCUGACAAUUAGCACAAACUUCCAUUUUUAUUCUAAGGUGUGCAACGACUUUCGAGCUGGCAAUGUCAUUCAUUGGAACAAAUGCAAUAGGAUAAAACGGUCGGGCUCUUUUGCUAAGGCAAAAAAGUGUUCGUCGGGGGAUGAAAAAAUAUGAUUAUGAUUCGGUCCUUAUUUAAAUAUCACAUGGCAUUUUGACUUCUCCCGUUACCUGAAAAGCGAGCAUGUGCCUAGGCGCCAGAAAUCCUCCUAUUGCCUGAAAUAAACUAUGCAUUUCAACCAGGCACAUGCCCCAGAUAUGUUUAUCGCCAGAGCUUUUAAAAGAUGUAAUGUUAAAGGAUCGCCCCUUUGAGGUUCAAUAUUUUCUUAACUUCUAUCCAUUUCUUAAUAAAUCGUCCUCCAAUCUGCAAACCAAAAAGCGAAUUUCCACCGCCUGAGCUGCCAGUGAAUGUCUACAAUUAAAUUUCUGGAGGUCGCGAAUCACGGCUUUUCUUAUACGUUGAGCAUAUUUUUUGACUAGAGCCGUUAGCUAUCACUUGGCAAACCGUUGAAAACUUCCCAUUCGUAGCGCUCUGACAGCUAACUUUCGAGGUUACCAUGUGAGUUCUAGGCGUUGUGUUUUUUAUUUUACAAGGAGCUAUUACAAAUGUCUCUAUCCUAUGUCAGACACAUCACAUUCCCAGUACAAAAACAUAUACAAGCGGGUUAUUUAUUAGUUUAAAUCUUUAGCAAAUCUGACAUAAAGCUUCCAAACUGCCUAUUAAAAAAACAUAUGAUUAGUCAGCGACAGAUUAAAUAUCCCGAAUAUAUUUUCCCAAAAACGUCGAGUUGUUAUCUUGCAGAAUGCUCGCCAUGCUUUAUCGUUCUGUCCUAAACGCUAGCCUUUUGUCCAGCCGGAGGCAUUAUUCAUUUUGUCGCCAAUGACGCGGUGAAAGGCCGGACUAUAAACAAAAUGGGAUCUGGUGAGAAGAAACGGUGGGCUUUAGGAAAUUUAGAAAAGACAGAAAACAGGAAUAUUUUCAUUUUGCUUGAACAGCCUUCAAAUUCGGUUUGCAAGAUAAAAUAUCCUAAUCAGGUUAAAGGUGCCUGACACAGAACAGCCACUAGAUGCAGUUGUGGCUAUUUAGUAGAAGGAAGAAUUCAAUGUGCAUCCGACCGUUUCCAGUUUGUUUUCAGAUUUCAGCCAUAUUCCAACUGCGUGAUAAUGAGGCCCGAAUUUGUUUCUGAUUUUAGCCUAAUUAAUGUCUAAAAAUUUAUCAACUAAACACGGGUUCUGUUCAAACUCUGGUUCUCUAUGUAUUAUCACUGUGAUCUCCAGAAUUCCGAUGUACCCACAGAAUGUAGACUUAAUUGUUGGUCAUGUUAAGCAACUGGUUAGUGUUCCAGCAGUGAUAAGCAAAAUGGAAAAGCGCAAUCAAGCUAAUUUUGGUGACUUUAAUUAUUCAUAGAACUCCUACACUACGAGGCGAGUUAUAACCCUUUUCAAAAAAUAAUUAGUAGCCUUGCUCCAGCAGAAUAUAAAAGACCUUUGACUGUUUGAAAUAAGGAAAUGUAUCAGGACCUACCAAAAUAUUUUUUUGGUAAAUCAUGUGAUCAUUUUUUGGCAAAAGGAAAUUCACUUUAAUCGCAGUUUCAAAUUGUUUUUAUUUUGUUUUUUGUAAUGACGAUGAACUAUCCCUUUUCCUUUUCCUGUUAUGACAUACGCGUACGUGUUCGUGGAAUGUUUUUAAAAUUUUGUCAUAUGUUUGACAAGUAUUCAGCACGUACAAAAAGAAUUCCCACAAUUUUUGUGUUAAUUUAGGUCAAAUUUGCGAUUUAUAUAUACUAGCAUCAAGGUGAAAAUAGCAUGUUUGCUGAAAUUUGGCUCAUAGCACCACUUCACCCUAGUGAUAUCCAUAUCCACUGCACAUGACUGUCUUUUCUGAACAGGAGUAGGCACCUAGCGAAUGACUUUUUGUAUAUGUUUUAAAUUGCGAUUUGUUGUGGAGAAGUCCAGUAAUUAACUUGUUUGAGAACCGCAAGAUAACUUCCCUACUGCAAAACUCCACCAGUACUGGUCGGCCAUUAUUGACCAGCUGCCGUGUACUUUAUCCUGCUGAACUACUGUUCACAAUUAAUUAUGUACGUAAAUCCCACUGUACCAUGGCGAUAAGCUAUUGUUCCCCUAGGAGUCAUAACGAAUUGCUGAAAAAGAAACCGGGUGUGUUCUAAAGGCCGGCUAACGCUUCACUCUGGAAAUCUCAGUUAUCAGUAGAGGCUCAAAGGAUAGAUCAGCCUCUUAACUUGUAAGUGACCAAGGAGAUUGGCGAUGCUAAUUAGGGAGGUGCGUGUCUAGAUCUGCCGUAGAAAAAGGAUGACGCAAUCCUACAUCUCCUUUUAUUUAAAGGAGCCUUUGCACACCGAGGAAUUAACAGUUUACAUAGGAAUAAGUAAAAUUACUUCGAACUCUUCGGACUAGGUGCCGGUUAAGUAACGAUCGAUGGUGCGAGAGAGGAAAUGGGCAAAUACUCACUAAAAACUUACCCUCUCUGGCAAAACUGUUCUUCCUCUGGGCAAACUAUGCAUGUAAGAACUUUCCCACCAGACAUGUCCUCUCACUGUUAGAAGCAGUAUAGGUAAAUGAAAACAAAGAGUGGUUAUUAUACAAUCUAUAAAAAAUUUGCUACGCUGUGUGCUUAGGGUUCACAGGACAUGAUGCUACCUUCACUCCUUCGCAAGGAUGCGGGAAUACCAAAUUGUAGACGUCAGUGUGUGCUGAUGGUGGAUAAUGGUCUCUUAUUUUUCAAACCUCUAUCGUUUUUACUGGCUCCAAUGAUUCAGUUUUCAGCGCAUGAACUGCAGACACUUUAUGCAAGAAUUUCCUUUCCGUAUUGAUCAUACCUAUGAACCUAAAAUUUCAGAGACUCAAAACAAGCCGAAAAGCAAAGAAAUGAUGGUAGAUCUGCUCAUCCACGACAUACGGGGUCACGUGCGCUGUGGUACAUCCGAGUAAAGCAUUAUACCUAAUUACGUUUACUUGUGCAAAAGACUUUAAGUUAAUAUCGUACAAUCACCUUUUAAAGCAUGAUACCCAACCUUCCGUAGGGCUGACGUUGUUAAAUCCUUCUUAUAUGUCACUUUAUUGAUAAAGAUCUCUUUAAAAUAGCCAUCCUGAAGCAGACUUGUGCUGCUUAUUGCAGCUACAAUUUGUAAAAUUCUGUCUGAGUUUCAAUGUUCGGGCCUCGUGCACAGUUAACAUACGUCCCAUUGGUGCAUUUUAAAAUCACUAUGCGAAAGUUAAAAAUGAAUUCUAACAUCUCGCCAUUCCCAACAUGAUGUCUAUUAUAAAAAAUGUAACUUCACUCCUAUUCUACAGAAAGCUAAUUUCUAAAUGUAAGGAAAGUACUGGCGGAUUCUAACUUACUAGAACAUAAGAGGUCGGCCCUCGUGCCAAACAUCGAAGGACUUGCGUGUCAAUUUUCGGGAACAGAGUCUCGUGCAUUCUGCCAGGUGUCUUUGGAGAAGCAGAUACAUGAAUAUCUGUGUGUUCACCCUAAAUUCCAGCACGAUGGGCGCUCUGUAGAAAAGCAAUUGUCAAAAUUAAACGGCAUAUAAAGUUUUAUUUUGACAAUUUUUCCCCUUUAGCUUUGUUUAUGUUUACUUAAAAUGUUUGGAAACAGGAGCAACCAACAAAGUUCUUCUACUCCUGCCUCUACUAAACCAAUUUUACUGUUUUUACGUUCUCCUCUUUGAGGCAGUAGACUCACUAACAAUUUCCGUUCGUUUAUCUUCAGCGUUGAUGCACAGUCUAAAUCCCCUCAAGAAUUACUCAUUUGUGACUGCAUCCACAAGCACCACAUUCCAGGGCUGUGUUUCAAUUUCUUUGACUCAACGAUUUCACUUCUCCCACCUUGGCUGUCUCCUACGUGCUUGCUUCUGAUGCAACGAAAACUCUGA